GUUUUGAUGCUUAGAAUGCACUUUUAACGGCAGGGUUCUAAAGAAAAUGUCUUUUAAUGAAAAUUGAUUUUUUUAUCAUAAUAACAUACAUCGCCCUUUGAUUUAUAGCGGACUGACAGUUAUGGGAAAAAUGAACUUAAUAAUUUGAUAAUUGCGAAGCCUGCAGUCCAUCAUCCGGCUAACUUCCUUCGGCAGGUUCCAACAUUCGUAAAAGUGAUGGCCGCUUCUACUGAAAUAAGGUAGGAUGAUAAACAGUUUACCUUUUUGGAGGGAUGGGAAGGAACCCGUAACAUACCAUUACCAUUUUUCAUUGAUGAGAGACUAAAGGGCUGUUAUUAUUAUUUGUUAUAAUUUACAUUGAAAACACUAAAACAUGUCAUUCUUUUAAUAAAAAGGCUAGGUUUAGGCACUAAAAAAAUUGUCAGGAACUCAAAGUGAAUUUUCCAUUUCAGUUUGGCUAUUAGCCACAAUUGCAAUUUACUUUCUUUUCUGUGAAUCAACAAGAAGUGGAGCAAUAAUUAGCUGAGGUACCCCACACCCAACAGGAAUAAAAAAUAUCUCAAAGAGUUAAAACAGGUAAACAGACAAUAAUAAAGAUACAUGACUAUAUUAACCUUAACUCUUAAAGGGACACUAUAGUUACCUGAACAACUUCAGCUUAAUGAGGUUGUUCAGGUUAAAACUAUAGCUCCCUGCAGCCUUUCUCAUGUAAACACUGUAUUUUCUGAGAAAUUACAGUGUUUACAUUGAAACCUAGGAACACCUCCAGUUGCAGUCACUCAGAGUGAACCAGAGGGACUUCGGAGUUGAUGGAUAUGCCUCCAUCCACUCAGAUCUGCUGUCAGCAGAGCACAGGGCAGCACUGUGCACAGCAUCCUGUGAUUCAGUAUCUCCUCCCUCUGCAUGCAGACACUGAACUUUCCUCAUAGAGAUUCAUUGAUUCAAUUCAUCUCUAUGAGGAGAUACUGAUUGGCCAGGGCUGUGUUUGAAUCAUGCUGGCUCUGCCCCUGAUCUGCCUCCUUGUCGGUCUCAGCCAAUCCUAUGGGGAAGCAUUGUGAUUGGAUCAGGCUAUGUCAGCAGACUGCUUGUUUUUCUGCGUCUUAACAGCAUGCAGAUUUACAGCUUCAGGCUUGAAUACAGUAAGAUUUUUACUAUAUUUAUGGAGGCAUGAGGGGCCCAGGGGGGCUAGAUGGUGGUGUUAACACUAUAGGGUGAGGAAUACAUGUUUGUGUUUCUGACCCUAUAGCUAUCCUUUAAGUUACCAGUAGAUGACAGCAAUUAAUCACAAGAUCACACAGUGCAUAGAAGAAAAAAUAGAGAAACAUCAAUAAUAGUGUGGAACCGAUUACUGUUAUCCACUGGUAACUUAAAGGGACCCUAUAGUCACCAGAACAACUACAGCUUAUUGAAUUUGUUCUGGUGAGUAGAAUCAUUACCUUCAGGCUUUUUGCAGUAAACACUGCCUUUUCAGAGAAAAUGCAAUGUUUACAUUACAGCCUAGUGAUAACUUCACUGGCCACUCCUCAGAUGGCUGUUAGAGAUCCUUCCUGGGUCAUGGCUGCCUAAAAUACAUCCAAACAUUCAGUAUAUCCUCCCUCUGCAUGCAGACACUGAACUUUCCUCAUAGAUAUUCAUUGAUUCGAUUCAUCUCUAUGACGAGAUGCUGAUUGACCAGCCUCCUUGUUAUUCUCAGCCAAUCCUAUGGGGAAGCAUUGUGAUAGGAUCAGGCCACCACUUCUGCUGAUGUCAGCAGGCAGAGGGCAGGUCUAAAGGAAACAGGGACAAAGUAAGCAGCUCCAGACUUGAAUACAAGUAAGAUUUUACUAUAUUUAGGGAGGCAUGAGGGGCCAGGGGGGGGAUAGAUGGUUGUUUUAACACUAUAGUGUCAGGAAUACAUGUGUGUGUUUCUGACCCUAUAGUGCUACUUUAAGUAUCGAUUUUUUUGGAUUCCUGUUGGGUGUGGGUACUUCGCCUAAAAAUAGCUCAACUUCAUUUUGAUUCACUUUGAUGUUAUGUUGUUAGAUGCCAUGAAGGGAGAGCAUCGAAGUGUGUAGCAGCCAGAGAUAUUAUUGUAAUCGUAUCAUUAGAUCACUUUCCAUGUGAUAUAGAUCCCAGGUCUUUUUACCACUUUUGCCCUAGGUCUAUUUAGCCCUCUGAUAUUUUCUCUUUUUUUACCAUUUAUUUUUUAUUGGCAAAAAUUAUAAAUUUACUUUGAAUUCCUGAGAAAUCACACGUUAAUAAAUAACCCAGUCUAUGUUUCUAAAAAUGUGCCAAACCUCGAAAGUCCUUUAUUAUAGAUGAGGAGAAAUCCCACCCAAGGCUGAUUGAUUCUGAGUGCUGUAAUUGUAUAUUUGAGAGGUGAGCAGUGUUUACCUAUGUUAGAGAAAGGUUUACACUACUGUCUUUUCUGUUCUUGUUCUUGCAUUGUGUUGGAGAACGUUGCUGAGGAGGUGAGUGAGGCAGGGAUUUGUUCCGUGAUUUUAACAGAUGUUCUCGUGUUUUCUAGUAAGAUCCCAGCACAGCUAAUUACGGUAGCCAAGCAAAGCAGCCUGGGUCUGAGCCUCGCCGGAGAGAUUAGCAGAACAGAAGGACCAUUGAUCUACGUUAAGGACAUUAUUCCUGGUGGAGACUGUCACACGGUGAUUAUCUCUCAUACUAAACGUCUUCCUCAAAUGUCUACUUACUAAACAGUGACCUGUCAACUGACUGGCAAACUCUUCACCAAAAUAGCCGAAUUACAGAGAAAAUAUCCAGCUGCUCAGAGUUUCAAACAUUUUAGAACUUACGUCCUUAGUCUGAAUUUUGUACAUUGAUUGUCAGCUAAUACAACUCACUGUUUAGUGAACAGACCCCAUAACAGUGCUGUUCCAUCAAUAAAUAGCUGAAUUGUUGUCACUCUCUCCAAUCUAGUAAAAUAAAAUGUAUCCAGAUUAUUAUUUACUGUUACUGUGCUGCUGUGAACAGAAAUUCUGAUAUGAGUUAAAGAGCCAUUUAAAGCAUUUUCUCAAACUAUAGUGCAGGAAUGAAUGUCUGUAGAUUUCAGUGUUGACUGCUAGGAGCCCUUGUGCCAGUGUGAAGCCUGCAUUCUGCCCAGCUGCUGUCAGUAUGCUUGUUGGAGUUCCAUGAUUUUAUAUACAGUAGAUAAAGGGAACCCAAGUUAAGUGUCCUGUGCCAAUUGUCUGCCAAAAGCAGGAGAGAGAGAGACUUUAACCAUAAAGAGUGUGAAAGCCACCACUUAGUAGCUGAGCCUCAACGUAUGUUCAGUAUAAAUAAAUAUUUAGUGCACUUGCCAGAAUGUCCGUGCCCUUUCCAAAUGAUCCCGUCAGUGGCAUUCAUUUCCCUGAUAGGUAGAACACUUCCUGUCUAAGACCCUUCACUAUGAAACAAUAAUAGGCUAGUUUUAUUGAUGUGCCAUGGCUCACAUUCCUUAAAUUCAUUAAUAGACCCAUGUGACGAACCAAACCUCGUCAUGGGCUCCUGGAGGAGCCUGCUUAGCCAUGCAAAAUACACUGAAAAAAGGCUUGGUCUUGUUCCUGCGAACGCAGGCAGCAGUGUUUGGACAUACAUCUCAUGGAAAUAAAAUCGGACACAGAAACUCCCGAACACUGCUGGACUUCCAUCAGCACCUGCGGUUCUACCCCACUUAGAAAGGCACUGUGCGGUGAAAACGUUCCCACAAACAAGGGAAACAGGCUACACAAAUAACUUAAGGAUUCAGUUGGGUGUUUUAUGUACUUUUGCGCUCCCGAAAAAGACCUACCGUUGGCCCUGAUUUCCUUGAACUGUUUAGGAUCAUGUGCACGGUAGGUCAAAAAUGUGACUUCCAUGAAAAUACCGAACCCCUGAACCGAUCGUGGUUAUUUUUGGAUAUGUUGGUCACCCAGAUUGGGGCGAUCAAGAGAUGUGACUUUUGUGGAGUUUUCAUGUGUGUUGGGUUGUAUUUUUGGGGUUAUGUUAUAUUGUAUGUUUUUGUAACUGAGAGAUAAUUUAAUUAUAUGUUUGUGUGAUCAGGUAGGGCGCAGAGGAGGAGUGUGUGGAAUGUUUGUAACUAGUUCCUCUCAGGUCCAGAGGGGAAUGCCCCGUGAAUAUGUUUAAGGAAACCCCUUGCAUGGGGAGUUACAUAAAAGGCCAUGUGUGACUUCUAUUAAACACAUUCGUUUUACCCCUUCAUGAAGUCUAGGCUCAUGUCUGGGGGAUUGGAGAGCUCUAAUCACUACUCUGCUGGAAACAGGAGAGCUCUAAUCACUGCAGCAUUUGGUAUUAGGGAGACUUAAUGCGGAUAUACUCAGCCAGAGUAUAGGGGAUCUGGUACAACCCAAACUUCCAAUAAUAUUACAGCCAUGAAUAUAUUCUAGCUUAAAGCGGCACUGUCACACAAACUUACCCUUCUCUUAUGGUUUUCCUCUUCUCUUCCUCUCUCAGCAGAUGUUCUCCUUUACUUUUCUGAUAUAGUUUUCUUUAAAAUAUAAGACAAAGAAGGGACUACUUUGUCUUAUGUAUUUUUGCUACGCCUGACAUUCUCUGACACAAGGAGGAGCUUAAGUUACUUCCAUUUCCUGUGUCAAAGAACGUUUUCCCGCAAUACUUACCCUCCUCCUUGAAGAAGGAAAUGGAACUAACUUAAGUCAAAGAAUGUCAGGUGUAGAAAAAUACAUAAGACAAAGUAGUCUGCAGUUCCACUUUUCAGAGUCUGUUAACUUCACCAUCAGUGAUCUUCUUCACCAAAUGUCCUGCAGAGGACACUGUGCAGUGCAUGAAAGGGGCUGACUUACUCCCAGUUUCACAAUCCAGAUACCCACUGUGAGGAUAUUCAAUAUAGGGAAAAAAAAACCGUGCAGAAUCUAAAUUAAAGAAGGUCCAUUUAUAGAGGUCGUAUCACUACUGAGAAGUGUUGAAUUUCUGAUUUUCCUCCAAGACGACAGUCCAGCCAGUCUCCAAGAAGGCAGAUUUAGCCCUGUCUUGCAAAGAUUUUCUCAGUAGUAUUUCCUUGGCUCUUAUCAGAACUGGGCUGAGUUUGGCUUGCACUGUGUUUAGCAAACUGAUGACUGUAGGACCAAUCUGUGUGGUCAAAAUAUUGAUGGAGUGAAUACAUGGGGACCUAUAAAAGAUGCAUUGCCAAUAUAUUAAUCAUUUGGAGGGGAUGAAAGGUGAGCUGUCAUUAACUUUGCUUUUGAAAUGUUGGUUUUAUUAAUGGCAGGUUACAUUAGUGCAGCAUACGCCAUCUAUACGUGGCUGUGGCUAGGUUUUCAUGUAAGGUGAGGUCAGUGUCUGUUUACGCUUUUUUCAAAGUCUGCCACUUGAGGUCAUCCAUAGAUUAUUUCAAAAUUGGUUCCCUGCGCCAUCUGUCUCCCUGCACAUACUUCCUCAAAACUGCAACAUUUGUGAAUGUCAUGCAGGUAUAAGCCUGUGACUUUAUUGGAGGAAUCCAUAUUCCUUCCUAUUUAAAUAUGGUAACAUAGAAUGUGACGGCAGAUGAGAACCAUUCGGCCCAUCUAGUCUGACCAAUUUUCUAAAUGCUUUCAUUAGUCCCUGGCCUUAUGUUAAGUCUAGGUUAGCCUUAUGCCUAUCCCAUGCAUUCUUAAACUCCUUCACUGUGUUAAGACUAUGUCCUCUUGCUGUGGUAGUUUUUCUUCUUUUAAAUAUAGUCUCCUCCUUUACUGUGUUGAUUCCCUUUAUGUAUUUAAAUGUAUCUAUCAUAUACCCCCUGUCUCAUCUUUCCUCCAAACUAUACAUGUUAAGAUCCUUUAACCUUUCCUUGUAAGUUUUAUCCUGCAAUCCAUGAACCAGUUUAGUAGCCCUUCUCUGAACUCUCUCUAAGGUAUCAAUAUCCUUCUGGAAAUACGGUCUCCAGUACUGCGUACAAUACUCCAAGUGAGGUCUCACCAGUGUUCUGUACAAUGGCAUGAACACUUCCCUCUUCAUACUGUUAAUACCUCUCCCUAUACAACCAAGCAUUCUGCUAGCAUUUCCUGCUGCUCUAUUACAUUGUCUGCCUACCUUUAAGUCAUCAGAAAUAAUCACCCCUAAAUCCUUUUCCUCAGAUAUUGAGGUUAGGACUCUUUCAAAUAUUCUGUACUCUGCCCUUGGGUUUUUACAUCCAAGAUGCAUUAUCUUGCACUUAUCCACAUUAAAUGUCAGUUGCCACAACUCUGACCAUUUUUCUAGUUAUACCAUAUAACAUUUUUUGUAGAGUGCGCAUUCCAUGCAAGUUCCACCUCCCUGUCUGUUUCUGUGUGAAAACCCUUGUUAUGGCUGCACAUGUUCAGUAGAUUGCAUGCACUGCACCGUUUACAAACCAUGACUAGGGCUGCCAUUGAGUUCGUCAGUGAGAUCUGAUUAGUGGAACUGGGGCUGGAAGCAGAACUACAUACUCAUAAAUUACUGAUGGACAAAGAUCAGGCUUUUUUUAUUAUAUUUUUCAUAAUGCGUUAUUUUUAUAACACAUAACAAAUAUGUGUUGUUCAGUUAAUAGCAAUUCUACUGUAAAAAGCCAACUCCUGAACUACGAUUCCCAGAAACAUUUGCUAUGCAUCCUUUUAAGAUAAUACAUCCCGCAUGGCAGCAGUAUUGGUAUCCCCCGAAUUAUUGGACCAAAUACUGCACUCUGGAAAGGAGGGGAAGAGAGGGUCAACUGAUUAAGAAAGCAAAUUAUAUUAUUUUUUAUUAUUUGUUUACGGAGUGUCCCUUUAAUAAUAUAAACCCACCCAGUAUAACUAACUGUAACCUAAACUACACAGUGCAUCUAACGUGUGUGGGAGUCUGGAGUGUCCCUUUAAUAAUAUAAACCCACCCAGUAUAACUAACUGUAACCUAACCUACAUAGUGCAUCUAACAUGUGUGGGAGCCUGGAGUGUCCCUUUAAUAAUAUAAACCCACCCAGUAUAACUAACUGUAUCCUAACCUAUACAGUGCAUCUAACAUGUGUGGGAGCCUGGAGUGUCCCUUUAAUAAUAUAAACCCACCCAGUAUAACUAACUGUACCCUAACCUACACAGUGCAUCUAACGUGUGUGGGAGCCUGGAGUGUCCCUUUAAUAAUAUAAACCCACCCAGUAUAACUAACUGUAACCUAACCUACACAGUGCAUCUAACGUGUGUGGGAGCCUGGAGUGUCCCUUUAAUAAUAUAAACCCACCCAGUAUAACUAACUGUAACCUAACCUACACAGUGCAUCUAACAUGUGUGGGAGCCUGGAGUGUCCCUUUAAUAAUAUAAACCCAAUCAGUAUAACUAACUAUAACCUAACCUACACAGUGCAUCUAACGUGUGUGGGAGCCUGGAGUGUCCCUUUAAUAAUAUAAACCCAAUCAGUAUAACUAACUGUAACCUAACCUACACAGUGCAUCUAACGUGUGUGGGAGCCUGGAGUGUCCCUUUAAUAAUAUAAACCCACCCAGUAUAACUAACUGUAACCUAACCUACACAGUGCUAGUAAUGUGUGUGGAAGCCUGGAGUUUCCCUUUAAUAAUACAAACCCACCCAGUAUAACUAACUGUAACCUAACCUACUCAGUGCUAGUAAUGUGUGUUGAAGCCUGGAGUGUCCCUUUAAUAAUAUAAACCCAAUCAGUAUAACUAACUAUAACUUAACAGCAGAUUGUACAACCUUGAUUAGACUGUUUGAUAAAUGGAACUCUGUAAUGUGUUAUUUACAUGACAGACAGAGCCAUGUGUUAGUUGGGAAAUUGGUAAGUAACUUGUGGCCCAGUCCAGGUGCAUAACACAAUAGCGACACCUAGUGGCAUUAAGUUAAAUCUGUUUUCAUUACACAUUUUAGCACAUUUAGGUUUUAGUAGAUCUCCCCACAGCUUCUGUUUCCUGGCUUUCGUAACAUAACGUAGCCAGUUACUAUUCCUAUAAGUUAACUGUUUGAUCUUUAUUUGUUGCUGUCCCUUUAAUUAGGAUGGACGUCUGAGACCAGGAGAUCAGCUUGUCUCUGUUAACAAGGAAUCAUUGUGUGGCGUGUCCUGUGAGGAGGCUAAAAGCAUACUGAAUCGAGUAAAGUUAAGGUAGUUAUCCUCUCUCAUAGCUGUUAUGGUUUGAUCAUACUUUCCCAACCCCCAACCAGAACGUUGUUUAUCUGCAGCGUGAUUGAAAUGCAGGGUGAGUUAUCAGAGGUAGCCACCUUGUCUCGCUCCAUGGUUGUACAUUGGUUACACAUUUUCAGAACAGUAGGAAAGCAGCAUCAUGUUACCCUAGUAGAAAUCUACAAAUUGAAGGUCCUGUAUCUUUUUGCAGUUAAGCACUGGGCUUGUAAUACGAGCGUUCAGAAUGUUUGUAAACAUUUCUGCCAAGAUACUUCCGGGUGGCAGAACUUGCGCGGCUUCCAUUUGGAGCAGCAGAGAGAUCACUGGGGAGCGAUAAUGGAGAAGCAAGAGAGAGAUAAUUGGGAGAGCUAAUGGGGUCUGAAGAAAGAUAAUGAGGGGCUAUGGGAAGAUAACGAGAAUAGCUGGGCACCGAUACCGUACAUUGCACACACACAGGGACACUGGGAUACACACAAUGACAUUGCAUACACGGCAACACCAACAUACUCCUAUAUUUAUAUUACAUGCACACAAACAUCAACAGACUCACAUACAUUGCGUACAAAUUGAUAUUAAUCAAACUAUACACAUACUGAUAUUGCCCAAACACUGAAACACUAACCCAAACAUACUGAUAUUGCCCAUAUAUGUACACAUAAUCACAUUCUCCCCAUUGGUCAAUUUAAAAAAGAAUAAUAAAUUAUAUUUAUCACAUUAUAUAAGGUCCGUGGAUUGUGCCCACUGUUUGUGCUUGUGUGUAUGUAUAGCUUUGGGCUCCCCAUUAUUACUUCAAUGCACUAUAUGGCCCCAAUAACAAGCAAUACAGAAUUGCACGUUUGUUCACUGCUGUACCCAGGAGAACCAUCAUAUUUGGGGGGGGGGGGGAGAAGGUAUAUAACAUAUAACCGAGGCUCACAAUAUUUCUGUUUCUACAACAGCUGGAGAGCUACCUGUAUUAUACACUUGCUCUGCACAGCAUGGAGCCUCACAUGUCACACUACCAGGCUGGCCCACAGCCCUGUUGUAAUGGAGAUAUUUCUAGCAAUGCCCAUUUGAACUCCUGUAACCUCUCCAGCUUCCCAUUCACUGAAGUAAGCUGGGUCUAGUCCCACAUGGCAUCAAACCGUAGAUUCUACACAAACCCUGUUCCGAUGCUUGGUAUCUAGCAAGGAGAGAGCGGUAUAUUCCAUCAGGGGACCCAGCAGCACACACUGUCUUCCCUUUCCAGCUCCGCUCUCAAUGUCUGAAUUUUCACCACGUCAAUCAGUUAGCAAUUAGCCGGAGAACGCGUUUGCUUUUGGCACCCGGAAGAACUUCUGUUAUUGUUGUGACAUCAUGGUGAAAGCUCGUAUUGGAGAGUCGUAUAAAUGAUUCAUCCUUCAGGGCUGCACCUGUGUGGGCAUAAGGGAAAUUCGACUGUUCAGAGACAUAUUUCAUCAUGUCUGUAAAUCAUAGUUCAUCAAGGACAUAAUUGCAGCAAACACUAAACACAAAAAUCUCAAAAUUCAGCAUCCUUUGAUAUUUGAAUUCUUAUUGUAGUCUGGGAGCUACAGAAGCAGAAGGGUUAUUGACAACAGAAUAGGAGACUAUCAUGAGUAAUUACUCAAAUAUUAAAUCAUUUGAAACUCAAGGCCUAUGUGUUGUUUUCCUCAAUCCUUUUUUUUUUUUUUUUUCGAAGUUUUUAUAAUCGAAUUUGGUUGUCUUACUUUGUCACAACGUUUUUUUUGAGGAAAUGUUUGUAUCCUGAUUUUCUUAAUUUUUAAAUUUAUUAGUCUCCGGAUUUGAUUUUUCUCACCUUAUCCCAAUGUCACAUCAGCUGCUGCCAGGAUUAAAUUUUAAUUGUUCGCUCCAAAAGAGAUCUCCUGAUCACAGGAGAGUGGGGAGAAAAUUGCAAAAAGGGAUUUCAUGAUAAAGCAUUUUUAUCUUAUAAUCGAAGCGUAAAACUGUAACCUCCCAACACAUUAACAUCAUAUUGUUUCUGUCUCACAUUCGUAGAGGUGGUUCUGUUUGGGAGAUUACAUUUAUUCGGCCUAGUGAGAACUGUCCUGAGCAGACAUCACGAUCAGAACACACUGCACAGACACAAGGAACAUCCUCCCCUUACGGCCAUGCUAAACCUGCUCCAAUGGUAUGUCCAGCAAAAAAAUGUAUAUAUAUUUUUUUGUUUUGUUUUUUGAUUGUGCUAGAUGAAUUUAUCAUAGAGCUAAAUAUAACAUGUUGGAAAAUCACUGACUGUGCUUUCUUAUGCAUUCUUAUUUUCUGAUUAUUGUUUUAAAAACAAUAUAUCUACACAAUAUAAAAAUGGCUGUUUUGGUGUAAUGAUAUGAAAAAUACCCUCAUUACUGUGGCAGAUGUGACUGUGGAUGAAUCUAUUAAUCCUAGCUUCCAUAAGUGAAUGAGACUACAUUUCUUGACAUCCUCUGGAGUGUACAAUUAUUAAGGUUAUUUUUAAUGUUUUCCAAUCAGUGUGUGAAGGCACAAGGCUUUGUUUGUCUUGGACUGUUUGUGGCUCCCCUUUUUUCUUCUUAAUGAAUGUAAACAGUUUAUCCUGUUUGUUUUCACAGAAGGAGAACAGAAACCUUCACAGCUCACAGCCUAGAGGGAGUUCAGAUACACCUUUAUCUGGUAACUAUUAUCCCAACACUUUUCUUACAUUUUGAACUUUUCUAGAACAUAGAUGAUUCUGAACUUACCAGACAGUGCCUGGGGAGCUGAUUUCAUUCAUAGAUUGCAUGGGUCAUAGAAUUGUCUUUAUAUGAUAUUUUGGGAUGGAUGGAUGUAGAAAUGAGAGGAAUGGAUGACUAGAUCAAGGGACAGAGGAAGAGAAUGAUGGAUGGAUAAAUUUAAUGAAGUGGAAAAUGACAGGAAAGGAAGGAUAGCAGUCUGUUGGGAGGGAGAGAUGAAUAGCAGAUUUUCACCGCUUAGAUCUCUUCGCUCACAUAACUUCCUAUGUUACCCUUUCUCAGUCCUGUGACUGUUUUAAACAAGGAUUCGAUGUUAAAGGAACAUUCUACAGCCUGUUGUGGUGGUAAUGGUGGCAGGAAUGCUAUGGUGCCCUAUUAAAAUAAACAGUCCAACAAUUUAAAAACUCUUUGAAAAACGUACCUGCUAUCUCCAAAGAUCUUGGUCAAUAACCAUUUUAUUUCCAGAGACUUAUAGUUUGCAGUUAGAAGCCUGAUUAAGAAAGUAAUUUAUUUUAUUCUUUCAUUAGUUAUACAUGUAAACAAUGCAAGAAUGCCGGGGAACUGUGCUAGCUCAUUCAUAUUCAUUGUGGCUCUCAAAGAGGUAAACAGACAAUAAUAAAGAUACAUGACUAUAUUAACCUUAACUCUUAAAGGGACACUAUAGUCACCUGAACAACUUCAGCUUAAUGAGGUUGUUCAGGUGAGAACUAUAACUCCCUGCAGCCUUUCUCAUGUAAACACUGUAUUUUCUGAGAAAAUACAGUGUUUACAUUGAAAACUAGGAACACCUCCAGUUGCAGUCACUCAGAGUGAACCAGAGGGACUUCGAAGUUGAUGGAGGCAUAAUAUGCCUCCAUCCACUCAGAUCUGCUGUCACAUUCAGUAUCUCCUCACUCUGCAUGCAGACACUGAACAUUCCUCAUAGAGAUUCAUUGAUUCAAUUCAUCUCUAUGAGGGGAUGCUGAUUGGUCAGGGCUGUGUUUGAAUUGUGCUGGCUCUGUCCCUGAUCUGCCUCCUUGUCAGUCUCAGCCAAUCCUAUGGGGAAGCAUUGUGAUUGGAUCAGGCAGACAGCCAAUCCUAUGGGUAAGCACUGUGAUUGGAUCAGGCAGACAGCCAAUCCUAUGGGGAAGCACUGUGACAUGUCAGCAGACUGCUUGUUUUUCUGAGUCUAACAGCAUGCAGAUUUACAGCUUCCGGCUUGAAUACAGUAAGAUUUGUACUAUAUUUAUGGAGGCAUGAGGGGCCCAGGGGGGCUAGAUGGUGGUGUUAACACCAUAGGGUGAGGAAUACAUGUUUGUGUUCCUGACCCUAUUGUGAUCCUUUAACAAUCCCCAACGUGUCAGCUGAAUUCUUCCUCUCCUAUCUGUGACCUGUUUUGGCACAGUCUGAUAAAGUGUUAAGAUUCAAAAAUACACUGAGUAACUUCUCAGACUCCUUACGCUAAAUUCUGUCAAUGCUGUUUGCCAGCUACUAAUUAAAACCUGUAACGGAUACUGUUAGCGCAGAGAGACACGGAACUAAUAAGGGUGCUUGAAAUGAAUUGAUUGAAUAUUGAGUAAAAUGCACCACUGGGCACAUUCCCAUUACUUUUAUCUUUUAGGCGAACACACUGCAUUUUCACCCCCCCACCUCCAAACCAAGAACAUAGCUAAAAAUAUUGUAUUGAUCCAUAUGCACUUCUUAACCGUCUGCCUUACUGGAACAUUUUCACAUUAACCACAUGAUUGCCAGAAGAAAAUUUUUUUUUUUUAGUUUAUUACAGAGUGAAUUAAUCACUUAAGGUUUCAUUGAAAAAGAAACAAAAUCCUUUUCAAUGACAAUGGAUGCUGUCCUAUAUUUUAAGAAGUAUUGCCUUUGUGUUUAUUACCUCUAAAUAAAUACGUGUUCAGUGUCUGCUUUUAAAUAUAUACUGUAUAUAUCUUGUAUUCAGAUAACCUCACCUACUAGUAAUAAACUGAAUGAGCACGAUUUGAUAUUGGGGGUUUAAAUGUGCAAGUACAUUACAAAAAUAGGUCAUAUACGUGUACGUAUCAGAGUAUUUAUAUUCUCUAAUAUGUAUUCACUGUACCAAUGACAGUGAUGCUAUCACCACAAUCCGAUCCCUAAACCAGAUUCAAGCAUAGAAUUGCAUACGUACUUACCACGAGGAGCUGUGUCAAUCUUUAUUGUGCUGUGUUAAUACACUGUAUUAUUUUGUAGACAGAUAAUGAUGCACAAAUAGUGGGAUAUUUAAUGCCUUUAAUGUCCAAACGGAUUAUCUUAUGAUUGUAUGAUCCCAUAUAUAUUAUACUUAACAUUUGAAAGCCGAGGGCGAGUACCUGAAACAUUAAAGUUGGUUCUAGCAAAGUAACACAUGUAGUCUUCCAUUCCUAGGUCGUAGUCAGGGACCUGGUCCGGACAGAGUGGUUUCCUUGAAUCCUGAUGCCAGAUUCAAAGCAGACAAGCUAGAAUUGGUAAGUGCAAUAAAUGCUGAAAGCAAUCUGAAAUGUUUUAGUUAACCCACAAACAUCCGUCAAUGCCAGGGGAGCCAUCGGGUAGCUCUGAAGUUUGGGGCAGUAAAAUAUUAUUUCCACAACUUUCAGUCAGCUUAUUUUGAUACAGAAUCACAGGAGGAUCGCAGACAUUGUAACAAUAAUCUGAGAUAUGCCUCUUGCUAACCGUGAUCCAAAUACCGACACGUUUUUUACAGGUAAAUUAUGUAAGUGUUUUUUACAAAACGUAGGACCUCCAUCUCAAUGCCAAUCAUCAGCUAUGGUAAUGUGAAUCUCGCCACCAUUGGACACUAGUGUGGUGGAAACUACUGUUCUAUAGAUUUGUGUAAUUGCUCAUGUAAUAAAUAAUCUCUAUUGUAAUAUUUUGUUCCUAUUCACAGGCUUUGAAUUACCUUGGCUUGAACCCUACAGAAGAGCAGCAACUGUCAAUAAGGCAAAGGGUACAUUUGGAUGCCAAUGGGACUGUGGCUUUUGGAGGUAACCUAGAUAUUAAUGGGUGCUGAUGUCUCUUUUCACAUUAACCCUUCCGCAGCUUGUCUGGGUAGCCCUUCCUGUUUUGUCCUUCACUGUGAAAGGCUUACUAGGCAAGUACUUAACAUUACUGACCUUGACCUUGAUUGCAUUUGUUUUUUUAGAUAAGCUUGAUGGAUAAACACAAUCUGUUAUAAAAAAUAGUUUUUUCAAAUGAUCUAUCUACAAAACCUCCCAUGAACUUUAAUGAGGAUUUCUGUAGAGAAAUCUUUUGAAAAGUUUUUUUCUAACAGGUUGUGAAAGGCUUAUCUAAAAGUGUUAAAUCAAGGCCUUAAAAGUGCCUAGAUUACAAACGUUGAGAGUGUGAGAGAGAUGAAGUGUUCUUCAAUUGAAUGGGGGACUUGGAGUCUGUGCAUCUCGAUGUUGUGAUGCUCUACAAUACAAGGAAUGCUAACUCAAUGACUGUUUAACUCAAUGACUCACCACAGUAGAGAGAGUCAUUUUACAUGAAUAACCAUUAUUACUGGUAAUUAUAUGAAUACCAGUUAUGUAUAAAAAAAACAACUCACACCUUUAUUUGUAUCACAAAGCCUAAAAAUGAACAUCGUUAAACAUCCCUAUAGUACGUUACCAUUCCGUUCUAUAGAUGUAACACCUACCAGAAAAGGUUAAAGGACCUUAACAUGUAUAACUUGGAGGAAAGAUGAGACGGGGGGAUAUGAUAGAAACAUUUAAAUACAUAAAGGGAAUCAACACAGUAAAGGAGGAGACUAUAUUUAAAAGAAGAAAAACUGCCACAACAAGAGGACAUAGUCUUAAAUUAGAGGGACAAAGGUUUAAAAAUAAUAUCAGGAAGUAUUACUUUACUGAGAGGGUAGUGGAUGCAUGGAAUAGCCCUCCAGCUGAAGUGGUAGAGGUUAACACAGAGAGGGAGUUUAGGCAUAUUCUAGCUAUAAGAUAAGGCUGGGGACUAAUGAAAGUAUUUAGAAAAUUGGGCAGACUAGAUGGGCCAAAAGGUUCUCAUCUGCCGUCACAUUCUAUGUUUCAUUAGACAUACAGCUUCACACAUUUCACAUAACCAUAAGCAUAAAAAUGUAGUUAUGAAUCAUCUAUGUAUGAACUAUAUUUAUUAUUAUGCUUUGUGAAACAAGUAAAGUGUGAUUUUAAAAACGAAAAUAAAAAAUGUUCCCGGUGUACAGCGAUAUGGUAAUUUAGUUUUGUGACUUUGCUGGUUUGGAGAGCUGGCACUGUGCGGCACUCUACUUGUACAAAGUCUGCUAUCUAUGCCCUGGUGUUUCCCCUGUGCUCUAAAACAUAGGUCAUUUUAUGCUCCCGACUGAGCUGCAGCCCUCAAACAGGCUUUGUUUUAAAAAGGACUAUAUCCGUAGCCUCCAGAUUAAAAUAAAAUGCAAACUUGAAAUAAGUUUAAAAAAAAAUGUCAGUAAAUAUUGUGCUUUUACAAUCUGCCCCCAUCCAGAUCUUUGUUUUAUUACACCUUGAUAACUCAUGUUUUUCUGUAUUAUGAAAACUAUGGACCUUAUUACACAGUUAUGUUUGCUUUUCUUAUUCAUAAACGUAUUAUUUUUUUGUUUUAGACUUUGUUCAGGUGGUUAAAAGUCUGUUUAGCUUGCAGUUAGAAGAAGGCGAUAUUGGACGUGGCCCUGUCAGGCCCAGAGAGAAAGAAAUUAGCAAUUUACUAAACUCCGUCACAAGUCAGGUAAGGUCAUCCUCUCCUCCAACCCAUGUUUGUGUUCUUCUUGCGUUUUUUAAUGUUAAUGCUUAUAGAUGCUGCUUUUGUUGUGUUGAUUGUUUACCUGGCUGACCGUCUCACUGUUAGCAAUUCAGACGAGCUCUGUGUCACACGUGUACCUUGGCAGAUUGUGGACACGCUGUUUUCAAUAUACUUUAGCUAUCGCUUUAUAAAAUUAUGUAUCGGUUUCCUAUUGGGAAUAGAACAAACAAGUAAUUGUUUGUCUGCACGCUUGUAGUGUUCCCAUCGAGAUUCUGUGCAGAAUGAAUCAAACACACACUUCCAGCCACUGCGGCUUACUGAGUAGCAGAACAACUGGAAUCUCCUGGAACAAAUAUAGAUUAAAUAUGGUUUAUGAAAUGUUGGUGAUUGUUUGUGCUGAACAGUAAUCAUCUUAAUACAGAGAGUUACUGGAUAGUUAAAGGAGUACUGCCAUUAUUCCCAGUGUGUACCAUCUACAGAGAGCCACCAUUUUACAAAGGUAAACAAAGUGUUACUGUCACCAUUCUCAGUGCUUGCCUUCUGGGUACAGCCAUCAUGGCCUGGUUUGAAUUAUUAAUCUGCUGCGCUAAACUCUGCUAAUUUGGAGGAAGUUAAUAAACCCUGCCAAUUUCUAGCGAGAGGACUGAGUUUAUCAGAGGUUAUUGAGGAGCAUCUGAGCUUCAUCAACCCAGGCCAACAGCCACUCCAUGAGUAUGAACUUUCCAUUUAGCACCCAGUUGUCUUGAGACCAUGAUGUUACUAUAAAAACAUGUUUCAAUAAAUGGUUCAUUGCGCGGAAGGUUGAUUGGUUGCACUUUACUCCUUUAGAGUCUUAAAAGUUUUGUAACAAGCCAUGGACCAUUUCGGAAUAGAAGAUACACUGGAAUUAAAAAUGUUGUAGCACGGUUUUGUGGAUCCCAGUAGAGAAUCGUCUUUUUCCACUACUCGUUCUGAGAGGAUAAAGACAUUUCUCUGCCAUAGUCCACAAGGCCACACUACACAGAGUAACUCUCUAUGCACCACCUCCAGCUGGCCACUCAGAGAUUGCACUAGAGAACACUAAUCGUUUUAUUACCCUAAAUGUUUAUUUAUUCAGAAAAAUAGGAUAGACCGCUUAUCAUUAGUAAGCAGUCAAGUUCCCUGUAUGAGUUGUGAAGAAGUGGGAGAUGGCUAAAAGAAAGUUUCAAAGUACCAUAACCACUACAGUUUAUAGUAUUAUUGCAGCUCUUUGUAUCAUUCUGUUAAAAUGAACUGUCAAGAUAUCAUGAGAUGUAGUGAUACUGUAAGCUGAUGUGGAGAUACAACUUGAAAUUUUCCUUCAAACAGUUAACACCAAUGUUCAGACUGGGCCAUAGAUAAGCUUUAGAAUGAUGGUCCAUAAGGUAAAGUGGUUUCCUUCAAAAUCUGCAAUCCAGCUUCCUUAAAUAUUUAGGGACGUUGUGUCCAGCUGGGAAGGAUUCACGUUCUUCUUUGCUUUACUUCUUAAUGCUUCCAGGUCCAGUCAUGCGAUCUUUCUGAUUCCGAGAAUAAAGAGAUUAAAAAACUCAAGGUAAGAAAUGUCUUUACCCUUCAUAUUCUUAAAUGCUUAGCAUUGCAAUAGGCAAACACAAUUCACAAAGUAAAAUAUUAUAUGGUUUUGCUGUAGUGCAGUAAGGUAGGACCUUGUCAGCUGUUAGCUGUAAACAAUCCUCAGUAAGCCAUAAAAAUUUGUUUCAGUUCUUUAAGUGGAAAUUUGCUGAAAAUGUUACAAUUGAAUUAAUCCUCGAAAAUCACAUACAACAGGUGUUAACCUUUUUCUCUUGUUGUGAUGCUCAGUUUUCUUUUAAAUGUAAGAUUUAGCAAUGUAACUCUAAUUCUAAUUUCAAACCCUGACAUUUGGGAUUACCUGCUGAGUAAAUAAGAAUGUAUUCCCUGUUGAAGAUUCCUUGCUUGGGAAGAUGGAGUUGGUUACAUGCAAAGCAUUCUGGGAUUUAGCCUCCAGCACCUUUUAAAUCUAUGUGUUUACUGUUGAUUUUGCCAGCAUGAUGUAUAGAUUAUGUUAUAUUACUUACUCAGCAGAGGUCUCGGCAUUCACAUCUUUGUACUGAGAGGUCCAAUGGAACCAAUUAGACAUGUUGUGUACAGGUAAUCCCCCUUAGCAUACUGGCCUCCAGGGUACUGUUGAAUAAUAUAUCAUGAUAAAUACUGAUACAUUUAAGCAAAAUGCAGCAUGCAUACAGCUGAGCGAUAUAUGGCUGUGCUUAUUCGACAGGCCCACUUUUUGUAGAAUGAUCUCAUAUACCUCUUUAUAGCAAACAUCAUUUUCUGCAAAAGCGUAUUAAGGUGAUGUGUUCCGUGAUCUAAGCCUGUGGAAAAAUUCAUAGUAUAGCUUUGCUCGGUAGAAUGCAGUGCCAAGCUGCCACAUUGGGCCUGCCAUCCUCUGUCUUUAUGUGCUAGCAGUCAUUGUCUGUAUCACGAAUACGUCCAAAUACCUGCACGAGUACAUAACAGCUGACAGUAAGGAAGAUCUUUUGAGACUUCUGAUAUGAGCCUUUCAAUGCUGGACUUGAAAGAUAAAGUUUGACUAGGUAGUAUCUGUUUCAAAUGCAUUAGUUGCAAGUAGUAGGAAUUUAUUUUUGGGUUGUCCGAAUAUUUUUCCCAUGGAUGAAAUUUGCUGGAACCAGCACAUGAACAAGCAUCAAAUAUCCUGAACAAAAUGGCAUUUUCUGAUAAAAAUGAUUUGGCUGAACAAUACUUUUCCGCCAUACACAAGUCUACUCCCUGGUAUGGAUACGUUUGAAGGUCAGUUUAGGCAGCACAAUGCACCAUAACAACUUAAUCUAAAUGCAGUUGUUAUGGUGCCAGGAGGCCCCCAGGCACACUCAAACCUUCAGUGGUUAAACCAUACUGGAAUGGUUUAACCCCAAAGUUGCCUCCAGCGGUGAUUUCAAAUCCCUCAGAGGUGGCAUCCGGCUUCUGAAAUUUCAGUUUUAGGAAGUGCGGAGGGCCGCCAGCGAUUGUCUGAGAAUGGUUCGCUGAUGCUCUUAGCCAGUCAGGGACUCCCCAGAAAAAAAAACUUGCCUUCUCUGAGCCAGUUUUGUGAAAGAGGAGUCAAGUGUCAAGUGAAAGAGUGAUGUUUUACAUUGCAGGGUGAAAACUAAAGGAUCCAUUGAGAUGAAGCUGCCUGACGUUUGUGGUCCUUAAAUGGUCUAUUAAUAUAAUGUAUUAAAGAACAUUGGAAUCCACUCCAAUCUGGAGUGUGUCUAAAAUCCUCUCCUUUAUUAUUAUAAUUUUUUUGUGUCAAAUGCAAGUUUGUUCUGGCACAACCUGAGCAUCUGAUUGAUAUGUUAUACAUGUCUUGCAGUUGCUGUUGAUUAAAAUCCCUGUGUAAAGGGGAUCAUAGGAAAAUGAACAUACGCUAACAGUUUGUUUCACUGGGACUGCAUCAGUAAGUGGAUAGUUUUUUUCACCUCCUCUGCAUUACUCACCUAGAAAACACACUUAUCUGGGGCAAGUAAAAGAUCUGUAAGCAGCACAAAUGUGAUGAUUUCUCUUUAAAAAAAUAUAAAAUUAUGUGCCUGGCAUGUUCCGUAUCAUAAAAAGUUCAGUGUCUCUCAUAUGACAUUUGAUAGCUGCACGUUCUAACUCAUGCUUAUCUGCUAAAAUGUUUCUCAGCCUGCAUGUACCACUCUUGAACGCAAAAUGUAUUCUUACCAAAAAUGUGCCGUAUUAUAGACUGCCCUAUACUGUACAACUGUGUAUACUACGUAUCUUGCCACUGCUGUUGGGGCAGAGCGAGACUGUCUGUUACUCUGAAGCACAACUAAAAAAUAUAUAUAUAUAUAAAUAAAAUUAAAUGUUCAGCCUACAUUGCAAAUCCACAAUCCAAAAUCUUACAUUUUUUUUUAUUCUUACUUUUCUUAUUCCCACAUUGUCUGUUACUUUUUGUUCCUCGUUUCUCGGCACUGCCAGAUUAGUUUAUAAAUUGAUGGCCUGGAUGACUGACAUUAAUUAGACACAAUAUACUUGGUAACGAGUGAACCUAUUAACUUGACAUCUUACAGGCGUAGCGCAGUGUGCGGAUAAUCUCUGGGGUAAAUAUUGGAAUUUGUGAGGACAGCUUUUAUGGCUAGCAACACGACUGCAUUUUAAUUAGGAUGUUUAAUUGCAGCUCUCUGGCUUUCCUGCUAAGGAGCGAGAGAAAGCUGUGUGUGGAGAAGAAAAUGCACUGCAGCCAAAAACACGUCAGAGUUUGCAAAAUUCACCUAUAUUCUGCUAUGGCUUGACAUAUGCUUAAACCGAAACAAAAUAUGUUACAACGGAGAGUGGGUUUUAUAUUCCAUUUCUUUUAUUUCUAAAACAUUUAUGAUUCUUUUCUUUGUUAUAACAAUUACUAAGACGCAUUGCCCUGCUGAAAUACACAUUAUUUGGCAGCAUCGGGAACUCCUCUGUUUGUACACAAGCAAUGGUUUUUGAAGGUCUUUUAAAAUUAUUUUUAUUAUGUGCAUCGAUAUAUGCGUUGAGCAUGCGCUGUGAACCAUUAAUUAAAAUGAACACCUGGCACCACUUUACACACAGCAUGUUAACUGCACAUAAGGGAUCAAUAAUAUUAAUUCAUUCUAAUCUAUAGAAUAUUUGUUAGUGUGACAUGUCAUGAUUCCCUUUUAUUCCAGAAGUUUUCUCCUUAAGGGGUUAAACUCCACCACUUGUUAUCGUUAACCUUCUUACACUACUAAAGUUAAAAUUUAAAGUGACUGUGUCACGCUCCACUUUCUUUGUCACCAACAUCAAUAAGUGAUCUUUUUUCAUCUCCUUUCUGUGGCGUGGUGGUGGGAGGUCACCUAGCUUUGAGGAUAAUUUUUUGUAAAAUGGAGCCACAUGUAAACAACUCAUUCUUUUUGGCCCAUCGUUUAACAAAACAGAAUUCUAAUUAUUAUCAAUAUAUGGUAGAUUGUCAAUUCUCUGAUCCUUUACCAUUUGCACCAUUCCACCAAAUAAUGCAAUAUGCCAGGUCUCCUGUGAGAUGAGAUUGAUUAUGUACCAACCAUGGUCCAGUGCAACAUAUAUAUAAUCAAUGCUAAUUAAGUAGAGACUAGUGCAAGAUCCUGUGUGGUAAUGCAGCUCUGCAACCCAACUUUUCACUGUUUUUGUUUUUUUCCUCUUAAUUUGUAUGUAAUAUAUAUAUGUCACCAUAUGUCACCAUGAUUUCUGCAAACAUGGACUAAUCUGAUGAAUUUUGUUUUCUCCAAGUGAGAUGUGCAGAAUUUAGCAUAAUCCAUAUAAGUUUGUUGCUCAGUCUUAUUUUAUGAGUGCUACUGGUUGCUGGGGGCAUUUUAAUGGUGUAGCAAAUGAUUUGGCUUAUGUUUAUCUAAAUAAAAAUUCUUAACCAAUUAUGCAUCAGUAUAUCUAAUCAUUGUUCCUGACCCUUUGCCUGCUUUUACAGAAUGACCAUUUUAACCAGGACCCUUCUUAAAGUAUAAUUCAUCAUACCACAGAGUAGGCAUAAUCUCAAACUUGUUCCAAAAAUCUGUCAGGAACUCCAGUUUACUUGAUUCCCCGGAUUAGUCGAAUAGAGCAGGGCUCAAAAUGUAAACUCUCCACUAGCCUUUGUCUAGUGAGUAGACGUUUAUCCCUGAUAUGCCGUGGGCCCCUGAGGCUUGUAGUGGAGAGUAACUCAACCUACAUAGCAGUGUAAGACCUGAAAUAGAACACUGUUGGAACGGGAAAUUACAGACUAUGAAAAUAACCAUGUCCUAUACUUUUUAUACGUUUUCUUAACUCUUCUCCCCAUCCCCCAGCUUACAUAUGGGUUGUCCAAUAAUUGCGAGGGGCUCCUGUGUGGUUAAACUUUCAUUUUCACAUCCUACCUGUCCCAUUGCCUCUUUAUUCAGAGUGCCGCCAUCUUGGUGUUUCCAGGAUCCCACCCACAAAAGUCCUACCUCUGCCUUUCCCAGAGUGUGAGCAUCAGACCUUGAGGCUAGCCUUGCACUGUGUUAACUCUCAGGAUCCCACAAGAGUCAACACAGUGAGAAGGGGACACAAUACUGGAGGGAGGUGAGUGAGAAGUAGCCAGUCAAUGACAACGUUGGCAAAUUAUGGGCAUCUUCACUAAAACUUCACCUUAUUUCAACUUUCAAGUUUUACGUAAUGAAAAGUAUUCCCUAAUUUUCAUUAUAUGUAACUUUUGAACUGAUAAUUAUUUGGAAAAAAAAAUGGGACAAAAUGCACCAGGUAAUACAAAAAGAGACAGACCCACUUUAAUAUGCUCUUCUACUUAGCCUGAACGUGAACCAUGGCUUUCUCAUAAAAGACAUUUCAGUCUUUAUCCAUGUCAUGAUUAAAUUAAUAAAAGCUUGUAGUUUACAGCCACUCGUUCUACAGAUUAAGUGAGAAUUCACAUAAAAGAAAGAGUGGAGGAAAAACGUGUUUUUCUCUCACUCGAAAGGUCAAGAAGAUCUUACUAGUUUUUAGAAAAAAAAAAUAAUGAAUAGGUGAAUGCAAGAAAUGGACUAGUAAUAUGAGAAAUUUCAAUUCAGACUGGGCGAGCGAGGACGCUAGUGACACAGCGACCUUCUAAACAAGAGAGUCUUGUAGAUGUGUGAUAUUGCAAACAAUUACCAGGACCAUGCAAGGUUACAGUGAUCUGUGCAUCACACAAGCUGUUUGUGUAACCCUUUGCAUUUCGCAGGACCCCGUCCCCUUACCCCGUCCCAAGAGUUAAAGGGCAACUGUCAUUUUUCUGGAAUUUACAUUAUUGAAUAAAGCAUCAGAAAUCAUCUAUGACUUGUCUUAACUAUUUUUUCAUUAGAUGUUCUAUUUUUUUUUUACAUUUAUAUUAAAGAUUUAACAAAUGACAUCCUAAUCCCGUUCAGACAAGGCACAGCUGGGCUGUGUGACAAAGACAUAGACUGGAAACAGUGCAUGACAAAAAAGUUAUAUUAGUUGGAAAAAGUAUUGCGUCCAUCACAAUUGAUCUUUCAAUAUCCUCCUUCCUGCUGUCAAUCCCAAACAAGGCAAAGUUGCAGCAAUUUUGUCUAAAAUGGAAAAAUAACAAUACUUUAAAGUAUUUAUUAGAUUCAUUGCAGUAGCACAGAGCCGUUGUAAAUAAAGUCCUUGUAAUUGACCCCGUACGUAACGUUUUUGAAAACCAUUUACUGAAUCUGAUCAAACAAUCUCUGUAGGCAGAGAGUUCAGUAUUGUCCUUCCUCUUGCUGUAAUGAACCCAUUCCUCUGCUGUAGGAGAAAUCUCCUUUUUAUCCUGUUUUCCGUGGAGUACCUCUUGUCCUGGUAAUAAAUAGAUCACAAGGGAGCGGUUUGUAUUGACCCUGCGUAUAUUUUUCAAAUGUUAUCAUAUCUUCUUAAAUGUGUACUUAAACAAAUCCAUUUUCUCUAGUGUAUCUUUAUAAUUUCAGUCUCUUUUGCUAAUCACCUCUGUACUCUUUCAAUACUUCUUAAAAAACGUUGCCCAAAAUCGCUCUGUAUAUUUACGGUGGGGAAUUGAUUUAUGAGUUCAAAAAUAAUAUUUUUAUCACAAGUCAAAAUGACUUUUUAUACAUGACAAUAGCAUAGUGGGCUUUGCAGUUACUGACAGACAUUUGCAACUUCUUGCCAAGUCUGUCUAAAUGACUCCCAAGUCCUUUCUCAAUUCAUUAUUUCUCAGGCUCAUCACUAUUGAGAUGCAGCUUUUACACUUUACAUUUAUAUUCUUCUACUCUCUACCUGCAAAAUCCCCAUUGAAUUUAAAAUUGCACAUAUAUUUGCUUCCCAUCUCAGCCUGGAUUGAAAAAUACUGUUAACUGUAUUUAAAAUGCUCUUAAUCAGGCAUUCGGGGAAAGAUUAAUGAGUGUAAUGUUUGCCAUCACACUGGAAGUGAGUUGAGACUCAGGAGCUUGGGAGGUAAAGGGAAGCAAAGCUGCCCCUCUCAUAUUGAGUAACACAUCUUAGGGCCAACAAUUAGCUGGUGCAGUUGUAGAGGUUUCCCAGAUUUGCUUAUAAAUGAGACAUGACCCAAAAUCCCACUACAUAGAGGUUUCAAGUAGUGUUAUAACAAGACCUGACUGGUUUAUGAGUCCUGAUUAGGAGUUGGUUUCGGUGCAUUCCAUACCUUGUACUCUAGGACUGUGAGUGUAGAUUACUAGGUUUUGAAUGCACAGAUAGAAUAACUGGGUCAGAAUGUGCAGAUGGAAUAUUUAAACGUGGAGGUAUAAUUGUGCCAUACAAUUUACAGAGAGAAUAGUAGGAUUAGAAUGUUGAUAUAAAAUAGCAGGUUUAGAAUAUGGAGGUAUAGUUGUGGAAUAUAAUUUAAAGAUAAAAUAGCAGGAUUAGAGUGUUCAGAUAGAAUGGAAGGAUUGGAAUGUUCAGAUAGAAUAAUAGAAUGUUCAUUUAAGAAUGUAGUCAGUCAAAUCAGUGCUAGCACAAGAUAAGGAAUAUAUAUAUAUAUAUAUGAACUAUACUUGUACAGUGAAAUGCCAUAGCUGUAAGAUGACAGUCUCUAUUUACACACAUGUUAAUGACUUGUUCCACGCAGGGCCACUUAGUACCCGUACUGACCUUUUUCUCACGUCUGACUUUAGGAUCGUCUCUUAGAAUCUGAGAAACAGAAAAACCAGCUGGCAGAAGAGUUAAAAAUUGUAAAACAAGUAAGAAUUUUUCCUUUUAAAGUGUUCUUUUUAAUGUCUAUGCUUUGGAAAUCUGCGGCCUUACAAUUUGUCCCUGAGCCAUGAAAACCUUGGGCUGUUGAUGCUUUAUCUACUAUGGGAGGAUUUGGGUUUAACUGGGACAAUUUGAUGUGCUAAAAAAAAUGAUAACUUAUUGAGACGUCCAUCUAUAUAUCUAAAUAAGAGAGUGGUGUGGUGGUGGAGGGGGCGUCACCUUGAAAUUCUUUUGGAGUAGUUUCUUGUGUAGGAAAGCAGGUUUGUGAUAGGGAUUCUCCUUGAGUAAUUUCAUUAGUAGGAGAGCCGGGUGGGAUGGAGGGUGUGAUUGCUGUAAAUUCUCUGGGGGCAAUUUGAGGAGAAAAAAAAAGAGAAUUAAAGGGAGGGAGUAGCCCCUUUACAUUUCUUAUAGAUAAUUUCAUGGGUCAGAGAGCAGAGCCGGGGUGGUGGGCGCGGCCCCUUCAAAGGAACUCUAUAAGCACAAUAACCACUACAGCCUACCCUGGUGGUGUGCCUGCAUAAUUUGUCCAUUUUAGCCUGGUGUGACCAUUACCGUGGUCUCAUUGGCUGCCCAGGUUGCUUUCAGUCGUUUCUAGAAAGCUCUCCGCACGUGCCUGUAUUCAUGACAUAAACUGACAGCUUUGGAAGACUAGAAGGAGUUCAGCCCCCCGAUGGGACCCAGGUAAGUAUCAAUCCAUGCUUAAAUGGCUGAUCGAUUACUCUAGGACAACGCCGGGGCCCCCCUGGCACUAUAGCCUACAGAGUCCACCAUCAAACCCUCCUCACUGGUACUCAGAAAGAGCCCACCACGUUGAAUGGGACUGUGAAUUAAAUAAUUCUGCUAUUGCAUGGCUGGUAUCGGCUUAUUGAACAGUUCCACUCGUGUUUGGGAACAGCGACCGGGGAAUUGCAUAUCACUAUAAAUUCACUCAUUGGUGAAUAAACCCCAGUGUGAAUGUGCGCCAAUUUGUCAGGCCGUAUAUACAGGUAUCUGGCUAAUAUAUUUGCAGGUUUAGCACGGGGGGGUCGUGGUUAAAUGUUCUCUAUGCCUUUAAGUCUGUAUAGAUUCCUGCUUCCAGUGUUCACUUUCUUUUUAAUUCAUUGAACAGAAAAUGUUGUUUUUCUGCACUUUUAUCAAUAUCUCUUCAACCUUUUGAUGUUCCUGUGUUUUAACGCUGUGCGCUUGCAAAUCCCAGCUCCUAAUGUGAAAAGAAUCUUUUGUGUUAACAAGGGUCAAAUUAAAUGUGCCCGACCAAUAUCUCACAUUUAAAUGGCUAUUACAGCAGCUGAAGAAAUCACGCAGAAACUCAAUAAAUGUGUUUACUAGAGCCUGGUUUAUUCACAGUUCACAAGUGGAACUUGCACUCUUUACAUGAUUAAAAUGUAACCCAUGUGGGCUAAUAUAAGAUUCAGGCUUCUCAUUUUACCUGGAAUUAAAAGGAGUGGGAAACAGGGGAUUGAACUGUUCUUGUUUUGGACAGUAUGUGGUAUGUCUCCCAUUGGUUAAAAAACAGGAAAAGACCGUAUCUGAUAUAUCUGUCUGGACACCUUAAUUUUAAUUUACUUACUGGAGAUUUUCAUAGAGUAACAGGAGAGAAGUUAAGUUAUAUUGAUGAAGUGCUAUGGCUAGUUAUUAGUUCAUGCAUUGUGUGGUAUAGUUAGUUUUAUGUCUGUCGUUUUUUGGUUCCAUGUCUUUGGAUGCCUUUCUAUAGUUAAUUAUAUGUCUGCAGAUUCUGUGUUAUGGUCAGUUAUGUGUUCGUGGAUACUGAGGUAUGGUUAGUUAUAUGCUUGUGGGUCCCAUGGAAUUGUUUAUUAUACAGUUGUAGUCAAUUUGUUUUAUUUAUUUUUAAAUAAGUUUUUGUUAUUAUAAUUUAUUAUUAAUAAAAUAAAAAAAUGUAUUAUAAUUAUUCAACCCCCAUUGAAAAUCAGGGUUAUUGUCAAAAUUUACAGACUGUCAGCUGUUUGCAAUUAACAAAUCAAACAAACGCAAUUGAAAUAGCUCAACACGAUGAAUGCUUUAAAUGGUUUCCCCAAAUUCAACAGAAAAUGCAAUUAAUAAUGACUUCUCCAGUCUCAAAUGUAUUAAACCCCAUGAAUAGAACCCCACAAAACUGCACACAGUUGUGUGCUUGAGCUGGAACACUUAAAUACCUGAACUGGCUAGGGGUUUGUUUGAGUGUCACGUUUGACCGCGUGUUAGAAAUAUGGCAAAAGUCAAAAGAAUAGUCCACAAAGUUAAGAAAAUAGAUCAUUGCUCUUCACAGAAGGCGGUUGCAGCACGCAAACCCAAGAAUAUUACAUAACUGGAGAUUCCCCAGGAAACCUGCCAGAAAAUGGUGUCUGGCUAUGCAUCUCGUUUGCAGCAGGUCAUAAAAGUAAAAGGGUGCUCUACUAAGUACUAAAGAUACAAAAAGAAAAGUCCUGCGCUCACGCCCAUCACUCCUGGGCAGCAGCAACGACCACAGUACACAUCAGCUCCAAUACAUACAGUAAAAACCAAAGAAAAGGAGAGAGUGCAGGUAACUUUUUUCCCUUGGUUAUUAAUAUAUGUAUUGGAGCUGAUGUGUACUGUGGUUGUUGCUGCCGCCCAGGAGUGAUGGGAGUGAGCGCAGGACUUUUCUUUUUGUAUUUGUAUUUACUUUGUAUCACACAGCUAGGUUACAAUGCUUCUGCCCAUCCCAUGUGUUCCCUUUUAAGGGUUAACCCCUUAAGGACACGACUUCUGGAAUAAAAGGGAAUCAUGAUGGAAUAUUUCCGUCAUCUGUCCUUAAGGGGUUAAUAAGUAUAUAGGCGUGUAUAUAAAAAAUACCCCUUUCUGUCUCAUUAGAGAUAUCUUUGCCAGAAGCUCAAGGAAGCAAGGUGAAGGGUCAGUGUAGGACCCGUCUAGGGGGGUCUGCCUUGACGUUGGCAGGCGGGCAUUCCCUCCAGUGGCCAUUGGAGCAACUAAAUGUUUGUUUAAAUAUACAUAGGGAUUAAGGAGAGAGCACAGGUAACUUUUUCCCUUUGGUUUUUACUAUAAGUACUAAAGAUACCUGCCCUGAAGGGGUUGAAUAAUUUUGUGACUGGAUAAGUCAUUAUAACUUGCAUUUUUAGUUUAAUUUUGGGGAAGCCACUGGAAGCAUUUGAUGUGUUGAGCUAUUUCAGUUGCUUUUGUUUAAUUUCAUUACAAACAGCUGAAAGUCUGUACAUUUUGACAAUAAACCUGAUUUUCAAUGGGGGCUGAAUAAUAUUGAUUACAACUUACAUAGUUACAUAGUUACAUAGCUGAAAAGAGACUUGUGUCCAUCAAGUUCAGCCUUCCUCACAUAUGUUGUUGCUGUUGAUCCAAAAGAAGGCAAAAAACCUAGUCUGAAAUGCUUCCAAUUUUGCCACAAACUAGGAAAAAAUUCCUUCUUGAACCCAGAAUGGCAGUCAGAUAUCACAUUGGAUCAAGCAGUUAUUACCCCACUAAUUAGAAAUGAUAUCCCUGUAUGUUGUGUUUUUGGAAGUAUGUAUCCAAUUGCUGUUUAAACAUCUGUAUGGACUCUGACAAAACCACCUCUUCAGGCAGUGAAUUCCAUAUCCUCAUUGCUCUUAUUGUAAAAAAAACAAAAAACUUUUCUUUGCCUUAGAUGAAAUCUCCUUUCUUCCAGCCUAAAUGUGUGACCUCGUGUCCCAUGUAUAGCCCUGUUUAUGAAUAGAUUUCCAGAUAAUGGUUUGUACUGGCCCCGAAUAUAUUUGUAUAAUGUUAUCAUAUCCCCUCUCAGGUGCCGUUUUUCCAAACUAAAUUUUGUGACCUUUCUUCGUAACUAAAAUGCUCCAUUCCUUUUAUCAAUUUUGUAGCUUGUCUCUGCACUUUUUCUAGUGCCAAUAUAUUCUUCUUUAGAACAGGUGCCCAAAAUUGCACAGCAUAUUCAAGGUGUGGUCUUACCAGCGAUUUAUAAAGAGGCAAAAUUAUAUUUUCAUCCCGAGAAUUUAUGCCCCUAUUUAUACAAGACAAAACCUUACUGGCCUUAACAAUUGCAGAUUGACAUUGCAUAUUGCUGCCUAAUUUGUUGUCUAUAAAAAUUCCCAAAACUGUGUCUGUGGAAUCCAUGAUAUGGUUAAUUACAUGCCAGUGGAUCUUGUAGUUAAAUCUCUGGAUUCUGUGGUAUGGCUAGUUAUAUAUCUUUGGAUUCCAUUACAGUUAUUUAUAUAUCCUGUUUUUCAACCAUUUUUGCUUCUCACUACAGAUGUACAUUUUUAUGCUGUUCUAGGAAGCCAAAGCAGCUGUAGAAGAGGCCAGGGUCCUGCGGAGCCGCAUCCACCUGGCGGAAGUUGCUCAGAGGCAGGCACGUGGAGUGGAGAUGGACUACGAAGAGGUCAUCCGCCUCCUGGAAGUCGAAAUCGCUGAGCUAAGAGAUCAACUGGUCGACCACUCCGGCCAUAACAAGGUUAAGCAUAUCGGCCAUUUUCUAGCCUCAUUACCAUGGUAGCCCGGCCUGGUGACUGUAAGUGCUACUGUAAAGUAGGUCACGCUUUGUAUUAUUCAGGAUUCCAAGCGAGGCGCGUCUACAAACACAAUGCCCUUGUUACGACCCAAUCUUUGCAAAGCAGGCCCUGUGAUAUAAACAAUGAAAUCUGCUUUCAUUAAGUAAUGUUACAUUUUACAGGUUUCAUUUUUUUAUUUUAAGUUGUUUUUAUUUUUAUUUUUGCAAAACAUACCAGCUCAGCUGCCCUUAGCUCAGUACUUUGAAUAAUCCAGAAAGGAAAAAGGAGAGGAGUAAUUCAAACCGAAUAUUGAAUGGAUGUUGCUGGAUGUUCCCUGUUUCGUUUACAGUGAGAAACAUGAUUUUACUUGAUAUUUUGAAUGGUUUUGUCCCAAGCUUAUAGAAUUUUUACCUUUUCAGCCAUGGAAGCUAAACUUUAGUACUCUAGUGGCUUUUUUUUUUUUUUUAAAUCAGUUGACAGUCAGAUUGCUAAAUUUAGGCCAUACUUGAGGACUGAAGAAUUCUUUAACUUAACAAUUCCAUUUUGGUUUUUCUGACCUGAAUUCUGGUUGCUCAUUUACUGAUUAAGGCCUUUUAUAUGUUUCAUGUUCUCCUCCCAUCCCCUGUACUGGAAGGGGUUAAAUGGACACUAAAUGAACCCAGACCAUUCCACUUCAAUAAAGGGGUCUGGAUGCAGUGCCCCUGUCUGUUCAAACCUGGUUUGUAAAACAUGCCAUUCUGUAAGAAUGUUUCAGGUUUAGCACGCCCCUAGUGACAGUCUUCGUGACAGGAUUUCAUCUGCUAUAAUGAGUAAAACUCCCAUGAUGCUUUACAUGCCUGUGGAAUUACAGCCUCUUGUCCCAGGUGUGAAGUAUAACGUACCUGGGACAGGUGUAUAUACAGGGAGUGCAGAAUUAUUAGGCAAGUUGUAUUUUUGAGGAUUAAUUUUAUUAUUGAACAACAACCAUGUUCUCAAUGAACCCAAAAACUCAUUAAUAUCAAAGCUGAAUAUUUUUGGAAGUAGUUUUUAGUUUGUUUUUAGUUAUAGCUAUGUUAGGGGGAUAUCUGUGUGUGCAGGUGACUAUUACUGUGCAUAAUUAUUAGGCAACUUAACAAAAAACAAAUAUAUACCCAUUUCAAUUAUUUAUUAUUACCAGUGAAACCAAUAUAACAUCUCAACAUUCACAAAUAUACAUUUCUGACAUUCAAAAACAAAACAAAAACAAAUCAGUGACCAAUAUAGCCACCUUUCUUUGCAAGGACACUCCAUGGAUUCUGUCAGUGUUUUGAUCUGUUCACCAUCAACAUUGCGUGCAGCAGCAACCACAGCCUCCCAGACACUGUUCAGAGAGGUGUACUGUUUUCCCUCCUUGUAAAUCUCACAUUUGAUGAUGGACCACAGGUUCUCAAUGGGGUUCAGAUCAGGUGAACAAGGAGGCCAUGUCAUUAGAUUUUCUUCUUUUAUACCCUUUCUUGCCAGCCACGCUGUGGAGUACUUGGACGCGUGUGAUGGAGCAUUGUCCUGCAUGAAAAUCAUGUUUUUCUUGAAGGAUGCAGACUUCUUCCUGUACCACUGCUUGAAGAAGGUGUCUUCCAGGAACUGGCAGUAGGACUGGGAGUUGAGCUUGACUCCAUCCUCAACCCGAAAAGGCCCCACAAGCUCAUCUUUGAUGAUACCAGCCCAAACCAGUACUCCACCUCCACCUUGCUGGCGUCUGAGUCGGACUGGAGCUCUCUGCCCUUUACCAAUCCAGCCACGGGCCCAUCCAUCUGGCCCAUCAAGACUCACUCUCAUUUCAUCAGUCCAUAAUACCUUAGAAAAAUCAGUCUUGAGAUAUUUCUUGGCCCAGUCUUGACGUUUCAGCUUGUGUGUCUUGUUCAGUGGUGGUCGUCUUUCAGCCUUUCUUACCUUGGCCAUGUCUCUGAGUAUUGCACACCUUGUGCUUUUGGGCACUCCAGUGAUGUUGCAGCUCUGAAAUAUGGCCAAACUGGUGGCAAGUGGCAUCGUGGCAGCUGCACGCUUGACUUUUCUCAGUUCAUGGGCAGUUAUUUUGCGCCUUGGUUUUUCCACACGCUUCUUGCGACCCUGUUGACUAUUUUGAAUGAAACGCUUGAUUGUUCGAUGAUCACGCUUCAGAAGCUUUGCAAUUUUAAGAGUGCUGCAUCCCUCUGCAAGAUAUCUCACUAUUUUUUACUUUUCUGAGCCUGUCAAGUCCUUCUUUUGACCCAUUUUGCCAAAGGAAAGGAAGUUGCCUAAUAAUUAUGCACACCUGAUAUAGGGUGUUGAUGUCAUUAGACCACACCCCUUCUCAUUACAGAGAUGCACAUCACCUAAUAUGCUUAAUUGGUAGUAGGCUUUCGAGCCUAUACAGCUUGGAGUAAGACAACAUGCAUAAAGAGGAUGAUGUGGUCAAAAUACUCAUUUGCCUAAUAAUUCUGCACUCCCUGUAUGUUUAAUAUUAUUUGUUAAAUGCCCGAAAUUGACUGUGAACUUGUUUUUACUUCAGGACAACACGCAGGAUUUACAGAGGAGAAUUACUGUCCUCGGCUGCCAACUGCGUAAAUCUGAGAUGGCAAGGAAGACCUUCGAAGUAUCCACGGAGAAGCUGUUACAAUUUGUCGAAGUUAGUUGUUUACCAUAUUAUCGGAUACUGGAGGAAAGAUGUGACAUCUUCUGACAGAGAUUGUGGUCAGAUUAAAGGGACACUAUAGGCACCCAGACUUCAGCUCACAGGGUGCAGUAUGCCAGGACCCUUAACCAUGAGCAGGUAACUAUUGCAAUUUUUAACAAGCUGCAAUAUUUACCUGUUAGGGUUAACUCCACUUCUAGUGGCUGCCUACCAGACAGCCACUAGAGAAAAUUCUGGGUUGUUAGGCGACCUGGAUUCCCCUUAAAGCUAGUUCAAAAAUCUGUUUAUUUCCAGCGGCACGCAGGUCUCCUGGCGCUGACUCCACCAUUGAAUUGAUUAUCUCAGCCAAUCACAAUUUCCCAUAGGAAAGCAUUGCUAUGGGUGAGAUAGUCAAUUCUGAGGAGCCAAACGCCUCAUAGAGAUACAUUGAAUUGCAGAUGGAUUAGUGCAUCUCUAUGGGUAAAGUUCAGCGUCCCCAUGGAGAGUGUGGAGACACUGAAUGUCAGUCACACUGUGCAGCACUGCCCCAGGAAGCACCUCUAGUAGCUAUUUGAGGAAUGGCCACUGCAGUUGUCCAUGACAGCAAUGUAAACACUGCCUUUUCUCUGAAAAUACAGUAUUUACAGCAAAAGGCCUGCAUGGACUGACUAUACUCAUCAGAACAAAUAUAUUAAGCUGUAGUUGAUCUGAGGACUAUAGUGUCCCUUUAAGUCUGGAUAUGUAUGGGAAGAGUGAGAUGUCAGGAUGUUGAUGAUAUGGUGACUUUGUGAUUUUGUACUAAAAGCUGUUCCAAAGCUCAUACAGAGGGUAAUCUUUUCCCCUUUUGAGAGAUGUUCAAGGUCUACUCGAAGCACCAUGACCACUUUAUUUAUUUGAGAGGGCCAUGGUGCCUAGUGUCUGUAAAAUGCUGCACAUACUGAGUUUAACCCAUUGGCGUCAUGAGGUGUAAGGCUGGCUAAUGCCAGUUCUGUGCAAAGUAUUUUUGUACAGUGUAUCAAUCAUUGGCUGCGAGUGGUCAGUUGAUGCUCUUAGCCAGUGAAUAGCAACUGAAUCGGUUUCAGACUUAUGUAGCUUUGCAAAAAAAACGGACGCCCAUCACAGAGGAGGAGAAGUCUGGGUAAAAGGUUCAUUUUGAAAAGGCUAAUAUUUAUAUGCAAUAUAUCCAGCACCAGAAAGUAUUAUAAAACAUUAGGAUUAUUAUUUAAUAAAAUACUGUAUGUAGUUAGAGAAAUGUACUAUCAGUCAUUUUCUUUCUUUUGAACCAAGAGCAAAAAAGUAAUAUCAUUGUACUUAAAGGAACACUAUAGUCACCUAAAUUACUUUAGCUAAAUAAAGCAGUUUUAGUGUAUAGAUCAUCCCCCUGCAAUUUCACUGCUCAAUUCACUGUCAUUUAGGAGUUAAAUCACUUUGUUUCUGUUUAUGCAGCCCUAGCCACACCUCCCCUGGCUAUGAUUGACAGAGCCUGCAUGAAAAAAAACUGGUUUCACUUUCAAACAGAUGUAAUUUACCUUAAAUAAUUGUAUCUCAAUCUCUAAAUUGAACUUUAAUCACAUACAGGAGGCUCUUGCAGGGUCUAGCAAGCUAUUAACAUAGCAGGGGAUAAGAAAAUCUUAAUUAAACAGAACUUGCAAUAAAGAAAGCCUAAAUAGGGCUCUCUUUACAGGAAGUGUUUAUGGAAGGCUGUGCAAGUCACAUGCAGGGAGGUGUGACUAGGGUUCAUAAACAAAGGGAUUUAACUCCUAAAUGGCAGAGGAUUGAGCAGUGAGGCUGCAGGGGCAUGUUCUAUAUACCAAAACUGCUUCAUUAAGCUAAAGUUGUUCAGGUGACUGUAGUGUCCCUUUAAUGUAUUUAGAUUCAAAUGAUACUGAUCAAAUGUGCAUUCAGUUCCAAAGGUGCUAAAGGGAAUAUAUACCCAUAACUGGAUCGCUAUAUUUCCUUUUAUAAACUGAGUGUAACCUCUUGCAGCCUUCUGAUAGCAAUAAGAUAAUCAGUAUCUGGCCGCUAGAAUCUGACAUCUUUCUUUUCCAGCAGAAUACAGGUUUAGAGAUAAACUGUGUGUGCGGUGUUGAAAGGAAAUGCCUGGAAACCCUCACAGCACUGUGUAAGCAUCUUCCGUUCACCCUCAUCUAUGGACUUGUAUAGCGUAUAAAUGUGCUACCAUGUCUCACCCAUUUUCUGAUUGAAGUGGAUGUCACGAGAGAAGGAACAAUCUCAGGAUGAUAGGAGAUGUAGUCCAGUCACAGCCUGGCUGUUCCUCGGUUCCCUUGGCUUAGUUUUGUAAUAGUCUGUCACAUGCCCUGCAAGUCUGGGACUGUGCAGCAAGCAUUGGCUCGUUAGAGGACAUAGCAGGUGACAUAUUACAUCCCAGUCGAAUCAACGAGCGCAGGUGAAAGGUGUCAGAUUGAUGCUGAGUGACUCACAUUUAUUUUUUUUACGGAGCUGUACGAGGUAUUGGUUUUUGUAAUGAGAAAAUAGAGACAGCCUGGAUACCCCGCAGCUGCCAAUGUCACAAUUCACAAAUGAAUAGUAAAAGCCGCAGGCACAGAUCCAGAGACAUUCUUUUUCUGUCCGUUAGAGAAACUCAUUGAUAGGUUUCCUGCAGCAGGCAAGGCAGGAAAGGUCAGUUUCAUGCCACGCUCUGAAUCAGACCGGCCCGUGGAGCUCAGUACACAGAGUGAGCCAAGCCGAUAAAUGGUAUGCAUAAAUAAAUCUGGGCGCUGUUUCUGAGAACACGGAGCCCUUCGGAUUGGCUAUUUGCCCACUUGUAUUUCUCAGCCCAUUUUCCCCCUGUGUCUCUCGGAUUCUUUUUGAUGACCAUCUUGUUUUUAAUGAACCUUGGGAUUUCUGGUCAGGAGUUUCCAUUUAUUUUACUUGUAAUUCCUCAUUCAUCCUGUGAUUCAUACUCUGCUCUGUAAAUAUCACAGAGAGAAGCUAAACGCAGCCUCUGCAAUAUCAGGGGCUAAGCCCCACUUAAACCUCCAAAUGCUCAGCAGCGCCACCUCAGUCCAAACGUACUCAGUGCCUGGAUCAUUUACUGGCUGUACAUGGCAGCAUCCUACUGUGCCUUUACCAAAAACAACACAAUUAUUAUUGUUUUUAUGUAGCUGUAAAAAUAGAUAAUAUGUAAUGUUUUAUAGUGGUAGUUAUAUAUUAACAAAAAACACAAACUGUAAGCUCUGUUAGGCCAAAUUAACGUGUUUUUAUUGUGGGCAUUUUGUUUUCAGAUGAUUUCCUAAGAGUAAUGACAGUUUAGUAAAUUAGGAGAUUAAAGUAGAAUUUCCCAGUAAGUCUACACUUUCUCUGUCUGGGUUAUUUUCCUUCAAAUAGCAGGAUGCAAGCACAGCCCUCUCUCAGCCAUUUAGUACUGUGAAAUUACUGGAGCUAUUAAAAAAACACAGGACUGCACGGCAGCGACUAUUACAGCCCAUAUUACCGUGCGCUAGAUCUAAAAGCUUUAUUCCAUAUAGAGUUUUUUUCUAUCUUAAUGAGGCACGCUUAUUGUCGUGUGCCUUUUAGAGCCGUUUUAUUUGCUUUUAUAUUCAUAAUGGCUCAAACCCAGUGUCCCUUUUAUUCAUUUUUGAAGCACUUUGAUUACCUUUUCUCACACUGCUAGCAGCGUGACCUACAGCCGGUACAAGCCUCCUCCUCUCUUGGACAGGUAGCCUCCAAAACUAAACUAUUUAAAGGCUUUAACAGUCCUCUCUGAUUCCCCUUCUCCAUCCCAAAAAACUGAAAUGUAAACCUCAUAACAAGAGUAUCGACCCCUUCACUGGCAGGCCUGGACAAGAGACCUCUACUUUGGUGGAAGACAAAAUAUUUCUCAGGGCUUUUAUUAAUCUGUUCAUGGAUGUUGACAUUUUAGUAACCAAAGAAAAAGUUACUUGCGCUGUCUCCUAAAUCCCUAUGUAUAUUUAAACAAAUGGAGGGUCCUUAGUUACUCCAAUGGCUAAUGGGGGGAAUGCCCACCUGUCACAUCAAGGCAGACCCCCUCAGGUGGGUCCUACACUGACCUUUCACCCUGCCUCCUUGAGUUUCUGGCCAUUGGAGUAACUAAAUAACCUCCGUUUGUUUAAAUAUACAUAGGGAUUUAGGAGAGAGCCUGAUGUUUACUGAUGUUUACUGUGGUCGUUGCUGUCGCCCUGGAGUGAUGGGAGUGAGUGCAGAACUUGUUUUUUUUGUAGUUGACAUUUUAGAGCUAGUUUUGCAGUAACUCUGGAUCUGUGGCAGUGGGGAGAAUUCGUCCAUUUCUUGACAUUUUAAGAUAGUAAUGUUGUAGUAGACAUGAUAGAGUAGAGCAGGGCUCAGUAUAAAUAAAUAUUUGAGAGUCUUAAAGUCAGACUGACAGCCACUAGAAGGGCUACUUCUGAUUUGCUGAGGUCCUCGUGUUCGGCAUCAUUACACACAGCUCCAUGAAACAGAAGGCUGUCUGAGUUUGCUCAUAGAUUCAAUGCCUCUCUAUGCGAAGCAUUGGAUUGGUGGAGCGCAGCAAUCACUACGAAUGCACCCCAUGUCCCCAGUGCCUAUCUGUGACCAUUGCAUUGGAAUAAAGUCAAUAACUGAUGAUUUAAUUUGGAGAACUGGCAGCUGCAGUGAGGACACUGUCCUGGAGGUGGAAUAAAGUUAAGAUUAACUGCAAGGGGUGGUGUAGGGGGCAGAGAACUUAUAAUCGUUAUUAAGAAUGGAACAUGUGAAGGUACACCCCAUCACCUUCAGCUCCUUUCGUAUAACGGAUUCGUAUUUAACUUUGCUUUGUUUAUUUUGUUCGGUUUCUGAACCAAGACCACCCCAGAGACCCAUUAGAACGUGGAACGUUGAGUAUCUUCUACAAAAACCACAAAGGAACUAAUUAAUAGAAUGCUCCUGAACACUGGCAGCAGGAAUUGGUCGUCGAGUGCCGGGAACUCAUUUCGGCCAGGCACUCCCGCGAAGUAGCUUUCUAUACGAAUCAGCUUUCAUCUACCAUGUGUGGUUUUCGUACAAAACAGCACGAACGGAGACUGGCUCUUGCCACAACUUCCCUGGAACUAUUUUGGGCUUCAUCCUCGUGGCAGACCGGUCAGAACUUCCCUGCGAUGCAUAUAUUGUUGCCCAGAUCCAGGCUAUCCGGGGAUGUGACUUUGUGGGGUUUCCAUGUAUUUUUGGGGUGGUUAAGAAAUGUUUGAAUUUUCUGUCCCUAAGAGAUAAUAUAAUUAGCAAUGUGUAUUCCAAUAAUUAUCUCUUAGACACAGAGGAUCAUGGGAGGGAUUUCCCUGUUUUUCUGUGUUAGAAACCCAGUGUUGGGGCUUUUGCAUAAAAAGCCGUGUGUGGCUCCAAAUAAACCAGUCUUCUCCCAGCAUUAAGCCUUGGCUCAUGUGUGGGGAGUUAUGGGACAUUGGUAAUAUUUUACCUUUGGGAUUGUGUUUGUUUAUUGGAAAAGGUCAUCCGUGGCGGUGAUACUCUGGCAGACCACCACAGAACACUCUAGCAUUUAAUUUAAAUAUAUUUCCUUUAGUGCUCACCAUCCAAGCAACUGUAUGGAUAUGGCACAACCAGUACAAUGCAAUGUAUGUGUCUGUUUUUUGUUUUUUUUUAAUACUUACUUUGAUGCUUUUUUGAUAGUUGUGGCGCCCCCUUUAGGUAGUUUGAGAGAAUUUGCAGAAUGUGAGUGAGUGGGAUACAUUGUGAUUUUUAGUUUGGCAUUAACGUGGAAUUAUCACAAGUUUCCUAUACAGCUGCUGGAACAAUUUGUGUGGGAAUACAGAAUGGUUUAAAGGACCACUAUAGUGCCAGGAAAACAUACUCGUUUUCCUGGCACUAUAGUGCCCUGAGGGUGCCCCCACCCUCAGGGACCCCCUCCUGCCCGGCUCUGGAAAGGGGAAAGGGGUUUAAACUUACCUUUUUCCAGUGCUGGGAGCUCUCCAUUCCGCCCCGUCGGCUGAAUGCGCACACGCUGCAAGAGCUGCGUGCGCAUUCAGCCGGUCGCAUAGGAAAGCAUUUACAAUGCUUUCCUAUGGACGCUGGCGUGCUCUCACUGUGAAAAUCACAGUGAGAAGCACGCAAGCGCCUCUAGUGGCUGUCAAUGAGAGGCAUGGGGGAAGGCUUAACCCAUUUAUAAACAUAUCAGUUUCUUUGAAACUGCUAUGUUUAUUAAAAAAUGGGUUAACCCUAGCUGGACCUGGCACCCAGACCACUUCAUUAAGCUGAAGUGGUCUGGGUGCCUAGAGUGGUCCUUUAAUGGUUUCUCUAUAACUUGUGUUACUACAGGCUGCAGCUUCGAUCAAGGGAACACCGCAUUCUUUAUGUUAAUUAACAUUAAUUCAUAACUACCAGUAAAUGAUUGCUGUGUGUCUGUCCGUGUCAUCUAAUGUCUGUGUGUAUUAUGUCUCCUCUCACAGAGUAUUCCUGAUGUCGUGGUUGAUGAGAAAGGCUCCACGUUAAAUCUCUGGUGAGAAAUCAUACAAUCAAAGUGUUGUAACUGCUGCAGCUUAUUGCAAUGUUUACAGCUUCUUUUACGGUUUGUGUUGAGGUUAGUCACUGGUAGCUUCCUCCCACCCCCCACCACGAACUAUUUACCAUCUAUUUGGCAACAUUUGUGGCUCUGCUAAUACCUUAAUCCUAGCGAACCAUGGACAGUAACGACAGUCUGCGAGUGCAAAAUGAGGAAUUUUAAACUCUGUGACAGGCUGUACAGCUGGGAAAAGUUAGAGAACUCAAAUUCUCCUUUUAACAAUUUAAACCUGUUAUGAGUUUGUCAGAUAUUAUUUUUAAGGUAGCACCAACCUGCCUUGCAGUAUGUGUGCAGUGUGCCUUACCAAUUUAUUGUCACAUCACAUAAGAAUUCUAAUUUCACUCCUUUAAUGAUUUAAAAUUUUAAUAUCUUCCUGGAAGCAGUCCUCCGCUGCAUUUACUGAUGUGUUGGUUCUUUUUUUGUGUGUUUGUUUCAGCGAACGGAUUCCGGCGAUUUCAUCUCCAUUGUCAAGACUUGCCACAAAUAGGCGUGGGGUGCUCACGUCCUUGGUGUUGGAAGCUAAAGAACUUGCGAGAACCGUCCGUUCUAUCGUUGAAGUUGACUGUAAGUUUACACUCUGCAUUAACUACUUGCAUGUUGGUAAUGUCACCGUUGCCAGUUACUGACCCAUAACUCCAAUCAUCUACAGCCACAGUGUGGGGUAGUGAGAAGACUGCUUAGAAGGCUGAUUCAGGACCUUGCAGGCUAUUUAGGGAUAGUGUACUAGUGACAUGUAAUUGCAUUUAUUUAGCAAGGCUUGCGAUGGCAGUCACUGUUAAACAGUUCUCCCACAAUACCUUAAACUGGGCAUUGUGGAACCUUAAACCUUGCCCACACAUAUGGUACUCAUUGCUAAGAUGUGAUAAUGGGCCAGCAUUGGCAGAUGUAUGCGCCUUUAAGUUUUUUUUGUGGUUUUUUUGGGGGGAAGCUUGUAUUUUGGUUGAUAAGAAUUGUUUGGACCUAUGCAUUAAAUAAAAAAUAUAUUCUGUGUCCAUAAUAGAAAUGAAUUAGCUUUCUGUGCUUCUGUACCUUCCAAGACCAUUGUAGCAGCAAGUUACCCUUGUACAAAUAAUAAAUAAAAAGUAGUCUAUAUUAGAUUUUUUUUUUCUCUCCAAUCAAAAAACAAAAAGCAAGAACCCAAGGCUUGCUCUGCUUCAGAAUAAUCCACUUUAACCUGCAGCCAUCAGGGUUGAGCAGCAGUUCGCCAAAGAGCAAACAGAUAAUUGUACAAUCCUCUGGCACAGCAAGAGUCGGGAGAAAGGAACGCAAACUUCUCAAGCCAAGAACUGUCCCAUUUCUUUGACAUAAUGAGAUUAGCCUCUGCACAGGGGGUGUCAGAUCAUCGAGAGUGACAGGCAUUGGAAAUCAAGGGAGAAGUCAGUAUUGUACUAUGGAUGUUAUCAUGUAACGUGCAUUGUGGUUUGAAGGCUGUCAGUGGCAGAAUAAGGACAGCUCAACAGGCGCGAUCCAGCUCUUUGUAGUGUUUGUGACUAACGAGGUAAUGGUUUCUGGGCAGUGGGGAGAAUCCUGGAUUUUAACAACUUGGAGAGGAUGGCACCCAUAUACUCCUGGCAACAUAUACACAUCACUGAGCUGCAAUAAUCCACUGAGCUGUAGUGGCUGUGGUAUAUAGUGUUCCUUCAACAUCAGCCCAACAAUUACCCAUGAUUAGUUCAUGGAAUGUUUUUUAACUAACUGAACAGGUAAUUGUGAAUUGCUAAAGUUCUGGAGCCACCGUUCAUUGUAGCUUUUUUUUAUUUUUUAAAAACUAAAAUUGUAUCUUCCUUGUCAAUUCUCCUCAAAUCCUGUUUUAGUGAACAGACCCCCAUUUGUUAUUUUUUUUAUUAUUAUUUGUAGGUUUUCAUUUAUUCCUUUAAACGUUAAGUUUGCACUGAAUUUACACCCCUUUCCACAGUGGCUCCUUCACGUCAUACUUGUACAUCUCAAUCCGGGUCCUGCUGAUUUGGGGCCUGUUCUCCGAUGAAGCCACUGACGCACUCCUUCAUCUCCGCGCUCGGUAACCGUCCAAUAAAUCCCGUCUAGACUCCACCAGAUAUUUUCAGAGAAAAAUGCAGAGAAAGUUAACUCAGUGAAAUCUAAUCUUUUUGGAGCAGGCUUGUUUUGAAUAAGAAGUAGGUCAGCAAAGGACGCAGGUUCAGUAACGCUCCCUAGGGAGGUGGGAUCACAUUAUCUGUUGAAUUACCGCUCAGAGUGUUGCUUGCAAGGCAGAUUACAGCUUACAAAUGCAGACAUAUAGCACCAACUGAAAAUCCUUUGCAACAGCAUUUUUUUCUUGCAGAAGCGACCUAAUUCAGGGAGGUUACUCACUGGCAAACACUUUUUUAAAGAACUUUCAGACAUCUUAUUUUUCGGCAAUGUGAAUUUAAAGGGUAACAAUUUAAUGGUUUAUGGAGAUAUAUUUAUUGUAUUUUAAAAAAAACACACACAUUAAAUCUCCCAAAUGUGAGAAAGUUACCUCUGGAUGCUUUAAGAAAUGCGCAUGUUAACUAUUCCUGCACCUCGCCAUGCAACCCGUCCAGGCAGAGCACCCCGGGAGUGCAGACGUGUGCUAUACUAAACCUCCCAGCACACUCAGACAGGCUUUAUGUGGACCGAGUAGAAGUACUGACCAGAUCUUAAUUGCAGAUCUCUCUAAACUAAUGGGAAUAGUUCCCAAUUCUAUAUUCAAUGACCAUAGUAUUGACCACAAAAUAUAUGACAGAUAAGCUGUAACUGGGGGUUCACAACUGAUGUAUGUUUUAUAUUGUUCUCAAUUUUUUUGUUCUUUUUCUGGCUUUUUCCUUACUGAAUGCCAUGUUUCCCCGUUCUGUAUCACUUAACCCACGAUUAUAGUGGGCUCAGGGCAAGCACAGCAUUUAUGUAAAGCUGUGGAAACCUACACCACAGCUAAUCUCACCAGCUCAGUAACCUGCAUCUGUAAUCCCUGGAUGUCUACCUAGAUAAGGGCUGUUACAUGCCUUUCACCUGCCAGGUACUAAACCUGGAGGACAUCAUGUUUUCACAGAUGGUGGUUCUUCUCCACCCAUGGGAACAUGUCCUACAUAGAGGUGUUUAGGUUUCCCAUCUGCCUCCUUAACCCAUGAUUGGCAUAUCCUGUGACCGACUGAACAUUGCAAAGUUGUAUUUAUAUGUGGGCGUACCGUUGUACAGAUCCAUGCUAAGAACAGUGGGGAUUCAGUGACAUGGAGGUCCCCCCUUGCUUCCUAUUGGGAAGAAAAUAGUCAGUCCCAAGACUUAAUAUAAGAUGGUGACAGUAAGUAAGGGGGGUAAGAUUCAGAACUGUCCUAAACUGACAUCAAGUACAAAUCCGUAGAGUUCCCAGCUUUGUCCAGAUCUGUCCUUGUGACCUUAAAUAGUGCUGGUGACAGUGACCUUUAUUCCUUAUCGCACUGAACUUUUCCAUAGGUUUGCCGGGUUCAAAAUGCCCGGAGGCUUAAUGAAACCUGUUUUAUCUCAAUGAACCCUGCGGUAGUGUACUGGGAUGAGAGUACAGAAGAUAUUGCGACAGGCAGUAGUUUUUAAUCUGUUAUAUACUGGGCAGUUUGCCAUGGUCUACCUGUCCAUUUUAGUUGUGCCAUUAAUGGUUUUCGUUAAUAUUUUUGUGAUGUGCAGGAUCUGCGUCAGUGCCUGGCGUCUCACAGACAACCGUUUCUUCAUUCUCACAAAAGCACUUUGACAAAAGAUAACUAAUAAUAGUCUCUCUUCUCUACUCUUAACGCAAUCACAGUUGCCGUGGCCGCAUUUCAAAUGCGUUCAAUAACACUGAUUACUUCUACCAUACUACGUAUCACGCUCCUUGCAUUGAGUUUAUUGUCAGACUGCUUUUUUUGUUUGUUUUUGUAUUCAUUUAUUUAUUUUACCCUGGGAUCUGAAUUUGUGCCUAUUCGGAGUAAUAUUAGAUUUUAAUGGUAAACACAGUCUGCUCAGCAUUUAAACUGACACAUUAUGGGGCCUGACAUUUAAAGUGUAUAACACCCUUGUGAACAUACCACUGAAAUGGCACUCUGCAUUUUGUAGGCAUACUUUUUUUACACAAUUCCUCGUGUUAAUAAAAACCCUGCAAGUAUUUCCGAUCCCGUGAUCCUGCUGUGGGAGAGCAGUGUUGCGAAUCGCCUUUUACCUGCCUGCUUGCUGCCUUCCUGUGAGUCUCUUCACUUGCCCCCUGUCUGAUGUGUUGUUCUCACAGAUCUGCUAGCAGCUAAUAUUCUGUGCUCACUUAAUAUCAGCCUUUCCAUAAAUCCAUGUAGAACUGUAAAACCAACAGAUAAUAUUUUUAAACAAAGUUAUAGUACAUUUAGCUCCAUUAUAAAUAGGUUUGAUAUAUUGGAAGUGCCCUGAACUCUCCGAUGAUACAGGAUGCCUGCGGUACCCACAUCAAGUCCUGGGUACAAAAAAACCUGACCUGCUGAACCCAACACACAGUAAAAUGAGUUUAUAAGAUGCUACGUGAUCGUGCAAAAGAAAAUUGUGCUGACAGAAGAGUCACUUUAAUGUGACUGUUUUACACAUUCACAGACACCUUUGUCAAUUUGUGAGAAUUCUGGGAUUUUACAGUAUUACACAAACACUCAGGUUGAUAAUAAAAAUCACUAACACACAAUCUGUCAAAGGAAAGAUCCAAAUAAUUCACCUUAAUGGGGACUCAUUUGCAUCCAUUUUUUUCUGUACUUUUUCUUGCCCUUAAUGUUAAAAAUGAAUAAUUUUAUGCUCUACAAUCGCACUGUGACAGAGCCCCUUUAAUAGUAUUAAAUGAGAACAUCACUGUCCCUUAAGCAAAAGCUUUCUUUGUUUGCUAUUUCAUUGUUGAAAUGUUUUUUUUGCAUCGAGACACUCGCCCCUGAUAGGCUGGCACCGACAGUGUUUACUUACAUAUAAGUGUAGAGUGUACAUUUGUGAGUUGUAUUCCCCGGGGGUGUGUUUGAGAUCGGAGGUGUUGUUACAGAAGGUGCACCACGUCCUGUUAGAAUUAGGAAUAUAUUCAGUAAAUUCUAAAUUACUGUUUUAUUGAUAUGUUUAUUAAUCAGUGAAUUGAAAAACAAAUCCCAAUAUUUCAGGAAAAAGAGCACAGCUGUGGCUGAGCUGGAGAAUAUAUCCAUAUGUUUGAGCCUAAAUUUUUAUUUUUUUUCUCAUUUAAGAUUUUUAUUGUUUUUCAAACAGAAGUAAAGCAUACAGUGGCAUGAAUGUACAUUUUAACAGUACAUAUACAUCGUGCAGUCGUAAAAUAGAUACAGUGGUACAAUAUGAGACAUAGGUACAGCGUGUUACAGUGCGUAGAAUAUUUACCAAUGGUAUUAAUAUAACAGUGAUAAUAGCUAAGAGUCAUUAUUCUGGUACAAGUACAGUGGAGGUAUAUAGACAAUCAUUGAUCAGUGGAGGUGCGAGAUUACUAGUUGUGGUACUUGAGUAGUGGUAUAGGCUCACACCUGACAAUAGAACAGCAAAACAGUACUUUACAUUACAACAGUGAUACUGAAUAAUGGUAAAAUGGAACUUUGUUACUAGUGUCUGAUAUCCUGGUGUCAGAGCCAUAGACCAGGUGGGUGGUUUGUGACAAGAAGUUUAGCGUAGAAAGCGUAUGGAGCCGUUGUGAGGGUGUCGGCUGGUGGUGUCUAUUGGCAUCAUGGGGGCGUCUUUUUCUAUCCUUUUUGGUUCCCAGUGUGAGUUUGAGUUUGCGUGAGUUGAGUGAGACUUUUAAGAUUCCCUUCAAGGACUAUGUCUCGUAGUUGUAGGGUGAUACUAUUAUGGUACUGUUCAAAUUGCUUCCCUGAUGAUCCCUUUUGGAAGAAGGGAUUUUGUGUGAGUGGGUAUAGUGGGGAUGGGAAUGGUUGAGCCUAAAUUUUGCCAUUGGGAUUUUGAUUUGCUUCAGUUUGAGGUUUAAUAAAUAAACCUUUUAGUGACAAUGAGACAGGUUAACAGCUCAUACUCCUGUCUUGUCUUACUACAAGAUAUUUAAGGAAAGCUAAUGCUCAUAUUUUCCUUGGGCACCACAGAUGUGUAACAUAUCAGAGCAUUUUCAUCACAUUUGGCUCUGAGUGAUUGGAUCAUAUGCCACUACAUCACACUGGGCUCUUCGUGAUUGGAUGAUAUGCCUUUACAUCACACUCGGCUCUUCGUGAUUGGAUGCUUUGCCUUUAUAUCACACUGGGCUCUUCGUGAUUGGUUAUUUAUUUAUUUAUAGAAUAUUUUACCAGGAAGGAUUUCUCUCAUUUUCAAGUAUGUCUUGGGUCCACAAAACAUUGCAUUGAUACAAUAGGGUACAAUCAAAUACAAAAACAAUAUUAAUACACAAUAUAUACAACAUUUUACAUAGAACAGGUAGGAAAUAUAUAAUCAACCAUAACAGGUUCAUUCUGUUUUGAGGGAUCUCUUGAAGGACUUUAGGCCUGGGGAAGAUUUGAAAGUGUGCAAUUACAUCAUGCUGGGCUCUGUGUGAUUGGUUGAUAGGCCAUUACAUCAUGUUGGGCUCUGUGUGAUUGGUUGAUAGGCCAUUACAUCAUGCUGGGCUCUGUGUGAUUGGUUGAUAGGCCAUUACAUCAUGCUGGGCUCUGUGUGAUUGGUUGAUAGGCCAUUACAUCAUGCUGGGCUCUGUGUGAUUGGUUGAUAGGCCAUUACAUCAUGUUGGGCUCUGUGUGAUUGGUUGAUAGGCCAUUACAUCAUGCUGGGCUCUGUGUGAUUGGUUGAUAGGCCAUUACAUCAUGCUGGGUUCUGUGUGAUUCGUUGAUAGGCCAUUACAUCAUGCUGGGUUCUGUAUGAUUCAAUAAUAUGCCAUUACAUCACGCUGGGCUCUGUGUGAUUGGUUGAUAGGCCAUUACAUCAUGUUGGGCUCUGUGUGAUUGGUUGAUAGGGCAUAACAUCAUGCUGGGCUCUGUGUGAUUGGUUGAUAGGCAAUUACAUCACGCUGGGUUCUGUAUGAUUCGAUAAUAUGCCACUACAUCACACUGGGCUCUUCGUGAUUGGAUGAUGUGCCUUUACAUCACACUGGGCUCUUCGUGAUUGGAUGAUGUGCCUUUACAUCACACUGGGAUCUUUGAUUGGUUAUUUAUUUAUUUAUAGAAUAUUUUACCAGGAAGGAUUUCUCUCGUUUUCAAGUAUGUCCUGGGUCCACAAAACAUUGCAUUGAUACAAUAGUGUACAAUAAAAUACAAAAACAAUAUUAAUACAGAAUAUAUACAAAAUUUUACAUAGAACAGGUAGGGAAUAUAUAAUCAACCAUAACAGGUGCAUUCUGUUUUGAGGUAUGGAGAGAGGGAUCUCUGGAAGGACUUUAGGCCUGAGGAAGAUUUGAAAGUGUGCCAUUACAUCAUGCUGGGCUCUGUGUGAUUGGUUGAUAGGCCAUUACAUCAUGCUGGGUUCUGUAUGAUUCGAUAAUAUGCCAUUACAUCACGCUGGGCUGUGUGUGAUUGGAUAAUAUGCCAUUACAUUACACUUGGUUCUGUGUGACUGGUUGAUAUGCCAUUACAUCACGCUGGACUCCUCAUGAUUGGUUGAUAUGCUAUUACACAUUACAUCACUCUGAGCUCUUCAUGAUUAGUUGGUAUGCCAUUACAUCACUCUGGGCUCUUCGCGAUUGGUUGGUACGCCGUUAUAUCACGCUGGGCUCUCUGUGCUUGGUUGACAUGCCAUUACAUGUUACUUGGUUUUGUGUGGUUGAUAUGCCAUUAUAUCAUAUUUGGCUCUGUGUGAUUGGUUAAUAUGCCAUUGCAGCACACUUGGUUUUGUGUGACUGGUUGAUAUGCUAUUACAUCACACUGGACUUGUUGUGAUUGUUUGAUAUGCCAUUACAUCACACUGGGCUCUCUAUAAUUGGAUAAUAUGCCAUUACAUCACACUUGGUUUUGUUUGACUGGUUGAUAUGCUAUUACAUCACACUGGAAUUGGUGUGAUUGGUUGAUAUGCCAUUACAUCACACUGGGCUCUGUCUGAUUGGAUAAUAUGCCAUUACAUCACACUUGGUUUUCUGUGAUUGGCUUAUUGCUAUUACUUCAUGCUUGUGUUAUAGGAGUUUAUCCAGUGUUGACUGACUUUGUCAAUACAGCCUAGAGACAAUGAGCAUCAUGCGAAACCAAGUCCGCAAAUCUCUAUAAUGCAGAGCUUACCUAACCGCAUUUUCACGUGUUUGUCCUUCAUGUGUUUAGCCUUAACCCCAUUCACGUAUGUUGGAUCCCAUAAAUGCACCAUGUUGUGUGCUAGAAGAUAAAUAUACAUGAUGUGUUUUUUAACCCUCUGUAUAGUAAUGAGUCAUUUAUGAAAGCUGAUUCCUAAGCUUAGAAGCAUAAUGACGUUCAAAUCGUCCACCUUCAUUUCGAUUGUUACCAUGACAAUGCAAAGCAAUGUUUCUGUAGAGCACAAUCUCUGCUUCUUUUUAAGGAUAUUUCACUGUCUGCAUUCACACAAAGACUUGAUGAGGGGGGGCAAGAUUAAGCAACAGAAAACAAAAAUAUAAAACUUACUGUUGCCGCAAUAGGAAUAUUUUUUCAUAUAUGACAUUCAGGAUUUAGAAAAUUCUAUAUUAAGAGUCAAUUUGAAGCUUUCCCACUGCUCUGCAUACCCUCUGUAUGUCUAUAUAGGGGCAGUUAUACAGAAAGCACUUUCAACAUCACUUGUCUUUGCCUUCCCACCCCAGCAGUGAUCUACCUGUACUGCCCCUUUCUUAUAAAAACACUUUUGACAUAAGUGGGUAAUCCCUAAAUCCUAGACUGUUGGGGGAUACUUGAGGACUGGGUUGGGAAUCACUGCUGUAGAAGCAUAGUUGGUACUGUGUCUUGAGAAAUUGAGAAAUCAUCAAGUUAUAAAAGUAAAUAUAUAUAUAUAUAUAUAUAUAUAAAAAAUAAUGGGUAAAACACAUCCCUACCUUUAGUAUAUGAGAGGAUCCUUUAGCCAUAUACAUACACAUUGGGUCGGACAGUGUUUAAGAAACCAACAGUCUCUAUGGUCUGCCCUGUUUCUGCGUAUGGAGUGAAGCAGGGCAGACCAUAGAGACUAACUGUCAACACUAUCCGACCCAUGGUGCAUUUAUAUGGCUAAAUGAUCCUGUCAUAUACUGAAGGUUGCGAUGAGUUUUUCUAAUUCUUUUUUAUUUAAAAAUAAAAAUCUGUUUCCUUUUACAACUUGAUGAAAGGAUUGUUAUAUUAAAAAAUAGUUUUGAUGUGACAGUUCUACUUUAAUAGACUGAUCUGCUUUUUAUUUAAUUUUGAAUAACUUCUAACCAUCCUAGAUUUUCUAAUGGCAUACACAGUGUACAAUUUCCUUCUCCCUCCCCACGCUGGGAUUUAAAUAGUUUCUCUCUUUGAAUCUUGCGUACUGAUUGGCUGCGGACAUCAUCACACUCCUUACUUUAUUUUGUAUUCUUUUUUUUUUUCUUCAAAAACUUUAUUCACUGAAAAUUAGAUGAAAUCCUGUACAUCUAGGCCACACCAAAAAAAAUAAAUUUAAAAGCCUUUUAUUUCAAUUAGUAAUUACAGCUGCAAUGUUGCUCAAACCUGGUUAGAUGAACAUAUUAUUUGUCUUUUGGGAAUGUCCUUUUAAGACAAUUUCCGAUCACCGGUUUGCUUUAAACUGGCAUCUGGCAUUCAGCAGGAGGUCAGCAAGUUUGUGUAUUAUUAGUGAAAAGAAAUAAAAAUACACAAAAAGAAAUAAAAUGCAUCACUACUCUCCCGCGGCCUCACAAUAGCUUGCCGUCUUGUGAGGCAGCCGAAUUGUGUUACCCUGAGCAGCCUUAAAUCUAACCUAGAUUAGGCCCUCAUUAUUCCGAACAGGAGAUGCUAACCCUAAGCACCUCACUCCAUUUGCCGAUAAACAGCGAUGAAAGGAUUGUACAUCCUACCUUUAUAAUAACCUGUUUAUUUUUACGUUUUAUGUAACAGAAAGCUGUAUUGAUUAAUCUGUGGGGGGGCACUCUGGCGAAAACUUGUGAAUGAAGGCAAUUCAUUUUUAACGUACUAUUCUGACUGUUCGUCUGCUCUACUUUUAGUGGACUUCAAUUUAUUUAAUUCUUUUAUUCCGCAUCUUUGAGGUCAGCUGCUGCUUGAAAACCACCAGCUCUACGCAGGAGGACUCAAGUUAUAUUUGUGAUUUUUGAAAGAGAAAUAUAUUUAAAAAAAAUAAAAUAGAGAGAAUUGUGUAGAACGACUGCUAUUAUUGAGUGACGUUAAAAAGAAGAAAAUAUGACUGUAAUUUCUUUGAAAUCAGAGGACCCAUAUUUACAAAGUCUCUUCCAGGUCUAAUUGUGAGUUUGCGGUAAAGAUCAAUAAACCCAUCCUUAAGGCACAUACAAAGCAGGAGUUUUUAUGAUUUCCCCGUGAGUCCAGGGCUUUAUCUAAAUGAAAUAAUUAAUGCCACCUGCUCAUUCAUAGGUUUCAGAACCCCGCACAGUUGGAUUACUGUAAAAAGUUAAAGCAAGGCUGCUAUGUUCCCUAAAUUCCAUUCAUGGUGGCAGGUCAUAGAGUAGACCAUCAUGUAAUCUAGGCUACUGUGUUUGCCAACUUCCAUUCCCAGCAGCAAGUUACUAACCAUGCCACCGAUUGUCUUGGCAUUUAUUUUAUAUACGCAUAUAUUAUGGAGUUUUUCUGUAACAGGUUUUAGAGGCAAACAGUCAUUCUCAAUUCUUGUAACAAGUGUAAAAACUUUUCAAUGUUAAUUAGUACGGAAUCUUUACACUGCAUCACUAAGGUCUAAUUACUGUUCCCACUGGGUCCUGAGAUAAGCAAGUGAUUGCACAUUCUUACGUAUCUGCACACUGAUUCCCACAUGGUUGCAAAAGUUGACCAGCAGGAGCCAAUUAGCUUUAGCCCCAUGAAGUGCUGAAAGUUCAGGUCACGAAUCCUUUUAUUUGCCUCACUAAUGGGCCCGCGAGUUACAUGCUUUUCUUUCACAUUGUUCUGCAGCAGACAUUCCUGGGGAAUGUAGUCCCUAGUCUGUAAGACUAAAUAUGGUUCUAGUUUGGACAGCCAGCAGCAACUGAGGUCGAAGUUGAGGCUUGUAGGGACGGUUCUUGUCUUGGUAGCUACCAAGGAUGGAUCUGAGCUAUGUCAGAAAUUCCCACGUAUAACCAUACACAAUAGCACUAGCAGGCCUUGCACUGAUUUCAUGACAGUACUCUACACCUCUGCAAAUUCCUUAUUGGCGUCUGAUGCAAACACGUGUGACGUCACAUGUUUAGUGCUUCUCCCAUUUUGUUUUGAAAAAUCCCGACUGUCAACUACUUCCUUGUUUAUGAGAAGUAUGAAGAAAUAAAUAGUGCAAAGAGCAGACCCCUUGUUCUCACUAUCUAUCCAUCCUUCCACUGACCCAUAUUCGAUGUUCACCCAUGUCUGAUCAUGGACACCCCAACUGACAUUCCUCCUGAAUAUAACUACUAAGUAGCAGGAUAGAGGAUUUUUCCUUUUCUUACAAAUUGUGGCCAGUAUAUUGCAGAAGUCUUGUAAGCUCACUGUUUAGCAAAUAAACCCAGUGCUUAAUUCAUUUUGCACCAACCACUGUUAGUGAAGGCUCUGUGCUAAUUAUUACUGGCAGAGGAAGUGUAACAAGGUUGCCAAUUAGAGAAUAAUCAAUGGGGUUAUCUGGGUGAUACCAUGCUGGGCUGCAGUUCUAACUCCAUGAAGGAAUAUGUACUAAAUCAACCACUUCAUACAAGACCUGAAAACUGCUUUUUUUGUUCAAUAUAUCCCAGACAUCGUAGGGUAACCUUCCCUUCCAUACUAAUUAACUCUCGAUAUUCACGGUAACUGCAAAAAAAUAUGUAUUACUUGUAAAAUCGCAGUGACAAACGCUCCCUCCCUUUUCAUAUUGAUGCUCCUGUUGCCUUUAAUUUUGUGUUACCAGGAAUUUUCUCAUACACGCUGUGAAAGGACUUGUUAGAUUGUGGACGAGCUAGUCUUCCUUUAAUGGGCUCAGAGAGACUCAGCCGGGACAGUCCUAAACAGGGCAGCCUAUACAGAAGCAUGACGGUUACCACAUCACCAUCUGUUGGUUGACUGUUGUGUGUUCCAUGCUACGCAUUCUAUGUUUGAUAUUCCAUGCUGUGUGUUCGAUGUGGGGUAUUCUUUUCUGGGUGUUCUAGUCUAUGAGUUCCAUGCUGGGUUUUGAUAUUGAGCAUUCCAUGUUGUUACAUAGUUACAUAGUUACAUAGCUGAAAAGAGACUUGCGUCCAUCAAGUUCAGCCUUCCUCACAUUUGUUUUUUGCUGUUGAUCCAAAAGAGGCAAAAAAAACAGUUUGAAGCACAAUUUUGCAACAAGCUAGGAAAAAAAAUUCCUUCUUGACCCCAGAAUGGCAGUCAGAUUUAUCUUUGGAUCAAGCAGUUAUUACCCUACAUUGAAAGAUUAUAUGACAACUCUUUGUACUCUGUUUUUAAGCCAGUGUUCUACCCAAGAACAAGCAUUUUCAUCUAGACCGAUUUCCUUGAGUUUGAACACUAAUCUAUUGUGUGGAACUGUAUCAAAUGCCUUGGCAAAAUCCAAAUAGAUCACAUCCACGGCAACACCCUGAUCUAUACUUCUACUUACUUCUUCGUAGAACGCAAUCAAGUUAGUUUGACAUGACAUAUCUGUGUAUUCUGUUCUGGGUGUUCUGAUCCAUGCGUUCCAUGUUGGGUAUUCCAUGCUGGGUAGUCUGUGUUUGGUAUUCAAUGCUGGUUAUUCUAUUCUGGGUGUUCUAGUCUAUGGGUUCCAUGCUGGGUGUUCUAGUCUAUGGGUUCCAUGCUAGGAGGUGUUCGAUGCUGAUUAUUCUGUUCUGGGUGUUGUAGUAUAUGGGUUCCAUGCUAGGUGUUCGGUGCUGGUUAUUCUGUUCUGGGUGUUCUAGUCUAUGGCUUCCAUGCUGGGUGUUUGAUGCUGGUUAUUCUGUUCUGGGUGUUCUAGUCUAUGGGUUCCAUGCUGGGUGUUUGAUGCUGGUUAUUCUGUUCUGGGUGUUGUAGUCUAUGGGUUCCAUGUUGGGUGUUCAAUGUUGGGUAUUCCAUGCUGGGUAGUCUGUGUUUGGUAUUCCAUGCUGGUUAUUCUAUUCUGGGUGUUCUAGUCUAUGGGUUCCCUGCUGGGUGUUUGAUGCUGGUUAUUCUGUUCUGGGUGUUGUAGUCUAUGGGUUCCAUGCUGGGUGUUAGUCUAUGGGUGUUCGAUGCUGAUUAUUCUGUUCUGGGUGUUCUAUUCUAUGGGUUCCAUGCUAGGUGUUUGAUGCUGGUUAUUCUGUUCUGGGUGUUCUAGUCUAUGGGUUCCAUGAUAGGAGGUGUUUGAUGCUGAUUAUUCUGUUCUGGGUGUUCUAGUCUAUGGGUUCCAUGCUAGGUGUUCGAUGCUGGUUAUUCUGUUCUGGGUGUUCUAGUCUAUGGGUUCCAUGCUAGGUGUUCGAUGCUGAUUAUUCUAUUCUGGGUGUUCUAGUCUAUGGGUUCCCUGCUGGGUGUUUGAUGCUGGUUAUUCUGUUCUGGGUGUUGUAGUCUAUGGGUUCCAUGCUGGGUGUUAGUCUAUGGGUUCCAUGCUAGGAGGUGUUUGAUGCUGGUUAUUCUGUUCUGGGUGUUCUAGUCUACAGGUUCCAUGCUGGGUGUUCGAAGCUGGUUAUUCUAUUCUGGGUGUUCUAGUCUAUGGGUUCCAUGCUAGAUGUUCGAUGCUGAUUAUUCUGUUCUGGGUGUUCUAGCCUAUGGGUUCCAUGCUAGGUGUUCGAUGCUGGUUAUUCUGUUCUGGGUGUUCUAGUCUAUGGGUUCCAUGCUAGGUGUUCGAUGCGGGUUAUUAUGUUCUGGCUGUUGUAGUAUAUGGGUUCCAUGCUAGGUGUUCGAUGCUGGUUAUUUUGUUCUGGGUGUUCUAGUCUAUGGGUUCCAUGCUAUGUGUUCGAUGCUGAUUAUUCUAUUCUGGGUGUUCUAGUCUAUGGGUUCCCUGCUGGGUGUUUGAUGCUGGUUAUUCUGUUCUGGGUGUUGUAGUCUAUGGGUUCCAUGCUGGGUGUUAGUCUAUGGGUUCCAUGCUAGGAGGUGUUUGAUGCUGGUUAUUCUGUUCUGGGUGUUCUAGUCUACAGGUUCCAUGCUGGGUGUUCGAAGCUGGUUAUUCUAUUCUGGGUGUUCUAGUCUAUGGGUUCCAUGCUAGAUGUUCGAUGCUGGUUAUUCUGUUCUGGGUGUUGUAGUAUAUGGGUUCCAUGCUAGGUGUUCGAUGCUGGUUAUUUUGUUCUGGGUGUUCUAGUCUAUGGGUUCCAUGCUAUGUGUUCGAUGCUGGUUAUUCUAUUCUGGGUGUUCUAGUCUAUGGGUUCCAUGCUAGGUGUUCGAUGCUGAUUAUUCUGUUCUGGGUGUUCUAGCCUAUGGGUUCCAUGCUAGGUGUUCGAUGCUGGUUAUUCUGUUCUGGGUGUUCUAGUCUAUGGGUUCCAUGCUAGGUGUUCGAUGCGGGUUAUUAUGUUCUGGCUGUUGUAGUAUAUGGGUUCCAUGCUAGGUGUUCGAUGCUGGUUAUUUUGUUCUGGGUGUUCUAGUCUAUGGGUUCCAUGCUAUGUGUUCGAUGCUGGUUAUUCUAUUCUGGGUGUUCUAGUCUAUGGGUUCCAUGCUAGAUGUUCGAUGCUGGUUAUUCUGUUCUGGGUGUUCUAGUCUACGGGUUCCAUGCUAGGUGUUUGAUGCGGGUUAUUAUGUUCUGGCUGUUGUAGUAUAUGGGUUCCAUGCUAGGUGUCCAAUGCUGGUUAUUUUGUUCUGGGUGUUCUAGUCUAUGGGUUCCAUGCUGGGUGUUUGAUGCUGGUUAUUCUAUUCUGGGUGUUCUAGUCUAUGGGUUCCAUGCUGGGUGUUCUAGUCUAUGGGUUCCAUGCUAGGAGGUGUUUGAUGCUGGUUAUUCUGUUCUGGGUGUUCUAGUCUGUGGGUUCCAUGAUAGGAGGUGUUCGAUGCUGAUUAUUCUGUUCUGGGUGUUGUAGUAUAUGGGUUCCAUGCUGGGUGUUUGAUGCUGGUUAUUCUGUUCUGGGUGUUCUAGUCACUAGUCUAUGGGUUCCAUGCUAAGUGUUUGAUGCUGAUUAUUCUGUUCUGGGUGUUCUAGUCUAUAGGUUCCAUGCUGGGUGUUCUAGUCUAUGGGUUCCAUGAUAGGAGGUGUUCGAUGCUGAUUAUUCUGUUCUGGGUGUUCUAUUCUAUGGGUUCCAUGCUAGGUGUUUGAUGCUGGUUAUUCUGUUCUGGGUGUUCUAGUCUAUGGGUUCCAUGAUAGGAGGUGUUUGAUGCUGAUUAUUCUGUUCUGGGUGUUCUAGUCUAUGGGUUCCAUGCUAGGUGUUCGAUGCUGGUUAUUCUGUUCUGGGUGUUCUAGUCUAUGGGUUCCAUGCUAGGUGUUCGAUGCUGAUUAUUCUGUUCUGGGUGUUCUAGUCUAUGGGUUCCAUGCUGGGUGUUCUAGUCUAUGGGUUCCAUGCUAGAUGUUCGAUGCUGGUUAUUCUGUUCUGGGUGUUGUAGUAUAUGGGUUCCAUGCUGGGUGUUUGAUGCGGGUUAUUCUGUUCUGGCUGUUGUAGUAUAUGGGUUCCAUACUAGGUGUUCAAUGCUGGUUAUUUUUUUGUGGGUGUUCUAGUCUAUGGGUCCCAUGCUGGGUGUUUGAUGCUGGUUAUUCUGUUCUGGGUGUUCUAGUCUAUGGCUUCCAAGCUGGGUGUCCUAAUCUAUGUGUUCCAAGCUGGAUGUUUCAUGUUGCGUAUUGUAGGCUAUGUUUCCAUGCUGGGUGUUCUAAUCUGUGCUUCCUAUGCUGCAUGCUGUAGACUGUUUCUCAGAGUGGGUAUUCACUGUUGGGUGUUCUAGUCUAUGCUUUCCAUGUUGGGUAUUCUGGGCUGUGCAUUCCAUGCUGGCUGUUCUAUAUUGGGUAUUCUGGGCUGUGUAUUUCAUGCUGGCUGUUCUUUACUGGUUUUUCCAUUCUGGGUAUUCAGUGUUUGGUGUUCUAUAUUGAGUAUUCCAUGCCUGGUAUUCCAUAUUGGGUGUUUUGGGCUAUGCAUUCCAUGCUGGCUGUUCUAUAUUGGGUAUUCAAUGCCUGGUAUUCCAUGUUGGGUAUUCUGGGAUGUGCAUUCCAUGCUGGGUGUUCUAGGCUAUUUUUCCUAUGAUGUUUACUCCAUGCUGCGUGUUCUAGGGCUAGGCUAUGUUGCCUAUGCUGUAUGUUCUAGGCUAUGUUGCCCAUGCUGUAUGUUCUAGGCUAUGUUGCCUAUGCUGUGUGUUCUAGGCUAUGUUACCUAUGCUGUGUGUUCUAGGCUAUGUUGCCUAUGCUGGGUGUUCUAGGUUAUGUUUCAUAUGCUGGGUGUUCUAGGUUAUGUUUCAUAUGCUGAGUGUUAAAGACUCUUUCAUAUGCUGGGUGGCUAUGGUAUGCUGUGGAUUCUAGGCUAUGUUUCCUAUACUGUGUGUUCUAUGGUGGCUGUUCUAGGCUACAUUGUCUGGGUAUUCCAUGCUGUGUGUUAAAUGUGUUCUAUCAUGGGGGUUACGUUACCUAUUGCUAUGUGUCCUAUGCUUUGUGUCCUAUGUUGUGUGUUUCCUAAUGUGUGUUCCAGGUUUUUAAUUUCAUGCUGUGUGUGCUGUGAUGAGUGUGCCGUGCUGUGUGUUCUAGGAUGGAUGUUUUAGAUCGUAGUUCCAGGUUUUUAAUUUCAUGCUGUGUGUGCUGUGAAGAGUGUGCCGUGCGGUGUGUUCUGUGAUGAGUGUUUUAGAUCUUUGUUCCAGGUUUUGGCAUGUGUCCUAUGCUGUCUGUAGGUUUUUGUUCCGGUCCCUAGAUAGCACUCUAUGUUGCUUAUCUUGGUAAAUCUCUGUUUUAGCCUCUGCUAAAAAUGCUCGAAGUGUUGUAAAUGAAGCCCAGUAUUUAGUUUCAUUUGAGAUUUAAUUUGCUGAGUCCACAUUAGAACUACUGCUGGACAGCCUGAAUCUUGCACCGGGUUAAAUCUUGGUAGAAUGUAGAGCGGUACAUGAAUAAAACAAAUUAGUGAGACCUAUAGUACUUUGCUCCCCUUGGCUCUCACAAGCCAUCCGUGUACAUCACAUGAAGCCAGAUACAGAAAGCCUGCCUUCUAAUGAGCAUCAAGCCGUGUUGCUAAGGACCGAAUUGCUGCAUGUUAAUAAUACUCUGAGAUGCUGCAGAUCUUUGGCUCAAUCAAGCGAUUGCAGAGACUUUGGGAGCGAUCAAUCAAGUAAUGGUGAAAAAAAAAAAGACACUGAGAUUUUUUUUUUUAACCUUUUCUUUUUUACCACAAACAUUUGCUUUCCUGCAGAUACCUGGGCGGGAGCUCGUAAACCAUGUCCUCCCCAUAAAUUCUUCCCAAUGUCUUGUGUGAUAAUAACAGGUUUAUGAUGCUGUGAGUGUGGUGUUUUGGCAACAAUUGUGUAGGGGGCAGUUACCAUAGAAACCAAUGGAAUGUCCAUGAUUGCUCCUUUUUUUUUGCUUUAUUAGAUAUAAAAGGAGAAUCUCCUAAGCAGAAGAUUGAGAGGGUUACUCCAAGCACUAUAGCCACUUCACUGAUUUCAAGUGCUCGUAGUGCCUGUAUCUGUAUGUAAUCUGUAUGUGGUGUGUUUUGCUAUGAAACUUGCACCACUGGCUGCGAUUUCAAGAGUUUCAGGUGCCUAAUGUGAAUCCUGGAUAAUUUAGUGUCGGAUGCUGCCCACAUCCUCCCUGCAGCCUUCCCUCUCCGCAAUCCCUCCACCUCUAGCAAGGGGUAGUAAUGUCAGCCAUAGAAAAUCGACUUGCAGGGAGAACUUAGCUUCAACGCUGGAUCGAGGUGAGUUUUAGCUGCAUUUUGGGGGGGGAGGGGAAACCAGCUCAGAAAGGAUUUUAUGUAUCACACUUUUGGUUGGAGUAACCCUUUAACUUUAACUUUAAUACUUUUUUGCAUAGAAUUUAAGUGUGCAAUGGCAGCUGGGUGGCUGACCCCAGUUAGCACCGGUAAAAUAGGGAGGAAAAGGGCUGAGUAUGACAUCACUGUGUCAGUUGUCCUAAGAAACGUUAUGAUGUCAUUUUACAUAGAAUUCUAAAUUGGGAUCCUUACCAAGAUAUCAUCACAGUUUACAUCUAUAAAAGCAGAAAUAAUUUAAUUCUCUCUUUAUUCUCUUUUACCAUAUUGGGGAAAAUUCUCCUUGCCAGAGAGCUUCUAUCUGAGAAUAAUUUUGCAGUACAAAGGGGGAAUGUCUCAUGGUCUGCAUUAUAGGAUGUCAUUAUGUGAGGUCAUAUAUUUCAAUUAGACCUGCGACAUGGGCUUUAAGUUAAGUGGUGAAGCUCCAAAAUGAGGUGGUGAUGGGUUAACAAGGCGGAAGAUAUGGGGAUUGGGGAAGGUGGUGUAUAGAAGGGGGUGCAUAGAUCAGUCACUAGAUUUAUUCAGACUAGAUGGGCAAAAGAAAUAAGAUUUGGUUCGAAUUGCAACUUAUUUUUUAAAGGGCACCAAAACACCUUUAGUUUAAUGAAACCGUUUUGUUGUAUGGAUCAUGCCUCUGCAGUCUCACUGCUCAAUUUUCUGCUAUUUAGGAGUUGUUUUGGUGCCUACAGCUAAUAUAAUCGCUGCUUUUUACCUACUGACUGAUAAUCAUUGUAUAAAUAAUGACUUUGUUUUGCGUUGACACAUGCAGAGGCACAGUCCACAUCGUAGCCUUAGAAUCUUACAUUUAUAUAAGAUUUUAGGAAAUGUGUACACCGUUAGAGAUGCCUUUCUGUUUGCUGAUAUUUAGCCUAUGUCUCUUCAUUCUGCUCUGUUUUGUGACCGAGCCUUUUAUCUCUUUCCUCAGGCCUUCCAUACGGCUGGGAGGAAGCUUACACGGCAGAUGGAAUCAAGUACUUUAUCAAGUGAGUCUGUGUGUAAUGCAGUGUAAGCAGUCUGUGCCACAUCUGGCAGGGAGCGAGGACUGCCGCGCAGAGCACAUUACUGGCACCCUUGCAGGAGAUGGAGUGUGGGAUACAGGGAGUCAUUAAGGCAGCAUCGGCCACAAUGAAAUACAAAUUGCUAGAACAGCUUCAGUAUCACUGGUGGAAGGCUUUACUUGUAUUUGUAUAUACAGAUAUGCACUCUCAUACAUUAUACUAACUGGGCAAUAAUGUCAACCUGUGCUCCCUGUAUAAUGCACUGGGCACGUGGCAUUAGUGGGUCCUAGUAAGUAAGGAGUUUUCACACCUUGGUUCACAGUUGGGGGCUGAUUGAUAAGGGCUGUGUUGUAAAUUACUGACAACAUUUUAAUGUGCUAAUUACCAACGCAUUGAACCUUUUUCUUCCACCUCCCAGUUGUAUUUCCGGCUAUUGAUGGCCACAGUGCAAUGUAUGCCAUUUAUUUGACAAUUCUCCACGAUUGACCUCAAGCAUGCCACCAACAGGCGAGUAGGUGCAGCUUGGCCACUAACACAUGCUACAACACCUGUGCAGUAAUAUUGCAGAGUGUUAGAUCCUGGCUGGUUGUGGGCCCUGAAUUUGGAGGAACAUUGCUUUUGUGCUCAGUUCUAUUUAAAAGCAACAACCUGUUCUUUAUUAUUAACCAGCCGGGCUUUGCGUAGCACACAGGGUAAAUGUUGCACCAAAUGUGAAAUUCACAAACUAAUCAGCUGCCAGAAUUGCUUGCAGGAAUGGAUUAUAAAGCUGUCAUCAUGUGCAUUAGCCACAUGGGGGCGCUUCCAUCCAGACCAAAGUCUUCACCUUCAUAUCUUCAGCAUGAUUCGCACUGUGUGCAGAUCUCAAACAGACUGCAUGACCAGGGGCCAGUAAUAAAACCGUGCUGAUACAGCCGGACUGGGAACCUAGGUAGGAUUAACCCGGGACAGAUAGGGGGAGUGCAGCAGGUGCAAUGCCUCCAGGGUCCACCAGAGUUUAGGACCCCUCCAUUGGACACCCAUCAGGGGAGGAAGAGCAGUGGAAGAGGAAUGUGGCUUUUUGGGGGAGGGAGGGUGGUCAAUUGACAUUGAAAUGUGCCAAUCUAGAAGGGAGAUGGUUAGUUAAUUAUCAGGGAAAUGUUGCAGUCUAAAUUGGGGAAGAAGAGUGUGAACUGGCAUGGGGAUGUAGAGUCAUGUGACUAUUGAGUUGGUUAUUUGGCAGUAGUAGCAAGUGGGGAAAUUUUGGAGAGUUAGAGUAUAAUUGUCUGGAGUGGAUGAAAGCCCCAAAAAAAAAUCUUGCACAAGGGCCAUUUUGUUCAUUAGUCCCCUACUGGAUUAACUCAUUGAAUAUUAAAUUGUCAAUGUAUCCUACUCCAUGCUAUGCAUGUGGAGGAUGGAUUUAAUGAUACUAGUGGUAAUAUGUCAGGGUAAAACAAUGAGAAGUGUAGCAAUACCCCACUGUAAUAUUCUAAAUAUAUAUAUAUAUAUAUAUUAUUAUUAUUAUUUUUAAAUAUAUAUACUUCUAUAUUGUGGCUAGCAGGGGGAUCAAGUGAUCUGGCCUUUAAAUUCAUACAGAAUCUCUCUUACCGUCCCAUCACAGUAAUGUAUAUUAAAUUAUCCAUGCAGGAGUGUCCCACAGCUUCCAGUUGUCAGUGUAAGGAAAUUUCCUCUCCUGGGUAGAGGUUAGACCCUCCCCCUGGCUCUUCAGGGGUGGAGUUUAUUGAGAAGAUCAUGUUGUUGGAACAGCUGGCCUAGGCCCAGACUUAUACACAUGCUUCGAGUGCUUGUGUUUAUUUAAUAAACACAAAAAAUGCAUCACAAAACUAUUUUAUGUUCUGAGGAAAUUGGUCAUUUUGUGAACAUUAUUUAUUUUCAUCCAUAUUAGCAGACAAGUGAAAAGCAACUGCCUCUGGCUGGUGUCCCACUGCUUUCGCCUCAUUAUUUCCCCCAUACACCAUCUCCUAGCUCCAAUUUUACACAACAGCCCUAAAUUGUUUUCUUUUUCUCGCAUAAUUACAAUCAGUUAAACUGCAGGCAGCCUCUAAUACAUGGCAUAGCUCUUGAAGGCAGUUCUGUCCCUCAGAGCACGUGGAGAAAAUUGUGAUUUCAUUUUUCACAAAUUCUUUUGUUUGUUUGUGUGGUUUUUAUUUGUUUGUUUGUUUUAACUCUCUCGUGGACAUAAUUGUUAGGUAGAGAUCGGAAAGACAUUUGUGAUUGAAUUUACCAAAAUUCCACUUCUAGAAUCUCCUGGCCAUGACCUGUUGGCUUCAUACAUAUCUCCGUUUCAUGUGCUGCCCAUUCUGAACUUGUUGUUUCUUCUACAUCUUUUCCUCCUUUCGCUACUUGUCCUGACCUGUAGGUUUCUUCUAUAUCUCUGGAUCCAGUGCUGCCCUAUCCUGACCUGUUGGUUUCUUCCGUAUCUCCUGAUCAUGUGCGGCCUCUCAUGAUCAGUUGCUAUUUUCUAGAUCUUUUCAACCUGUCCUGUCUACUCUUAUAGGCUUAUAUGCUUAUUUUUAGUUAUAUAUAAACCUGUGCUGCCCACCUGUUUAACUAGUUUUAUUUCAUAAGCUUUCAAUCCUGGAACUUUUCUACGCAUCUUGUUUGCUUAAACAUUUGUGAAAUAUGAAGCCCAUACCAGCUAUUUGACUGAUUUGAGCUGUGCUACUAAUACAGGAUUUUUGACUAAAUUAUUAUUCUCUUUUGGAACCCGCUGCAUCAUCCCAUUUACAGUGGCCUUGUGAACCUAGAGACCGGUACGGGAAAGUGUAUGUUGGUGGAGAGCUCCGCUAACACCACUAAGUUUUGAUCUUAAUCUUGUAACUCAGAAACAGGGAUCCAGCAACCUAUGACCAAUAUUGCUAGGUAAGGUCCCUUUACAUAACUUGUGAUGUUGGAUUCAUCAUCCUGAACGCAAAGAAACACUCAUGGGGAGGACAGCAAUUUAGAAAAGAUCAGCAAUCAAAGGUGAUGGAGCAGAUGUUAUCUGGACGAAACUUCUUCAUUUUUUUCAAAAAUGUUAUUUAGUUCAUCAACCGCGUACAGUAACAAUCAGCAUAAAGAAGUACAUCAUUGUGGCUUAGUGAUGUUACAGUGCAGGAUAAGGUAGAAUGUAUUGGUUCUAGCGGUAUGCUUGGAUUUUCUAUAUAAUAACAUUUGUGUUGUGUAACAUUUCAGAAGAAUAAAGAAAACGUAACAUAUUCAACUGAUGCUUCUUUAACCUUGCGAUUCAGUGUGCUAUUGUGUGCGGUGGCUGAAGUGUGGUGGGAAGAGGUGGCAUGAUUACUGCCACACUACUUGUGUCUGCUUUGUAUAAAAUGCGACCGGGGUUCCCAUGUUGAGGAGAAAAGUGUAUACAUGUUAGAUAGUGAUGCUUCUAUUUCCUCCCUUUGUUUGAUCGAUUCUAGUUUUAGUAUCCAAACCCUGAUUGAGGGAGCUGUUUUUUUUUGUUUUUUUUAGUUUAUUGGAAUUAGUGUAUUUGGGGCUGUAAUCAUGUGGUUGACAAGUAUACGUUGCCAUUUAGGAAUAUGGUGUGGGUGUAGGAGGAACAUUAGCGUUUCCGGGGAUUGUGAGAUGCGAAUGCCUACUAUGGAAUGUAUCCUGUCUAGUAUCCGUGUCCAGUAUGCCUGGAUUAUUGGGCAGGACCACCAGAUAUGUGCAGUAGUGCCUCCUUGUUGGGAACAUCUCCAACAUGUGUGGAAGGGAACAGCCUGUGGAGUUUAGUCAUGGAGUAGUGCCAUCUUGAUAUGCGUUUGUAUGAGCUCUCCCUAACUGUGGUGCUGACCGAGGAGUUGUGUAUAUAGGUAAAGAUCCGUCGCCAAUCUUGUGUGGAGAUGGUAAUAUUUAAUUCCUGUGACCAUGAAGAUGUGAAUGGUGGUAGUUUGUCUUUGUCAAUGUUGUUUAAUAUUUUGUAGAAUGUGGAGAGGUGUUUAGCUCUUGGUGAUUGAGAGGCACAGUGGGUUUCAAAUGAGGUUUGUGGGCGGUCUCCUUUGAGGAGGUUCGGGUUGGCGGUGAGGAAGUGUAGUAGUUGGGCAUUUUGGAAUUGUUGUAGGUUUGCUGGGUGGUCAGCCUUAGUGUGAAAGACGUUAUCGGUAUGAUUUUCCUUUGGUCUAAUGCUGAGCUGAGCAUAGGGUAUUGAGUGUUGCAUUAUGGGAAAAGAGUUGUGAAGGCUUCUGAUUGUGCCGGAGGGAAAUGAGGAUUUUGUGUAAGUGGGUAGAUCGGGGAUGUGUACGGGAAAAGUUCCCUUGUAUUUCGAAUGCAUCCAGAUGCGCAACGUUGGUACUAUAAUAGGGUGUUGUGAGUGUUGUGGCAGGAGGAGUGCAUGUAAAGGAGCUUGAAACAUUGUGCUUUCAAUAUGCGUCCAUUGUGUGAGGGGCUGCCAUCCAUGCAUAAAUUCUGGCCAGGAUUAUUGCCCUGUAGUAUAGUUCGAUGUGCGGAAUGCCAAGGCCCCCUAGUGUCUUAUGUUUAGUGACGAUAGAGUAGGAGAUUCUGGGGUGUUUAUUGGCCCAAAUGAAUAUUGUGAACAGCUGUUUCAAUUUAAUGAGGAAGGCAGAAGGUAUGUUUAUUGGGAGGGUCUGUAAUUUGUAGAGUAUUUUCGAUAGGGAGUUCAUCUUGAGUAUGUUGAUCCUACAUAACCAGCUAAAGUGUCGUUUGUGCCAACCAGUAAGAUCUUUGGCGAUCUCUUCCAAUAGUGGCAUAAAAUUUAAGUUGUAUGUUUGUUUAGUGUCAUGUGGGAGUUUUAUACCAAGGUAUGUAAUAGAAGUGGUGGGCCGUGAGAAUGGGUUCGAGGCCUGGAUUUCUGUUUUCGUGGUUAUGUAGGGGCAGGAUCUCAGUCUUCGCGUAAUUGACUUGGAAAUUGGAUAGGGUAUGAUAGGUGGAUAUCUCGUCCAUAAGGGGAGGUAACGAUGAGAUGGGGUCUGUUAUAUUAAAAAGUAAAUCAUCUGCAAAUGCAGAUAUUUUGUAUUCCUGGUGCUGGACCCGGAAUACAUGUUUGUUGGGGUGGUACCCUGUAAGAAGGGUUCCAAAAUCAGAAUGAAGAGUAGGGGAGAUAGGGGGCAACCUUGCAUCGUUCCAUUUCUAAUGUGUACCGAUUUGGACAGUUGCCUGUUUAUCCUUAAUUUUGCGGUCGAAUAUAUUGCCUGUAUCCAGGUCAUCCAGUUGGGGCCUAAACCUAGCGUUUGAAGAGUAGUCGUUAACAAGGUCCAGUUUACUCUGUCAAACGCUUUCUCAGCGUCAGUGGAAAGCAUUAGACGUUGUAUGAGGGUGGUGAGUAGUGGUUGUAGGCGAUUGGCUAGAAUUUUAGUGAACAGUUUGAGGUCUAUGUUGAUCAGCGAUAUGGGACGGUAACUACCGCAGUUGGGCGGGUCUCUACCCCGUUUGGAGAUCAGUGUGAUAUGUGCCUCAAGGGAGGAUUGUGGGAGUGUUGCCGCUUUAGUGAGGGCAGGGCCGGACUGGGAACUAAAAUCAGUCCUGGAAAAAAAUUCUAUACCAGCCCAAUAAUGCGUCGCGCCAGCAUAGUGUGCUGAUAAAGAGGGUGAAAAAAUAACUUGAAAUUGAAAUCUCCAACAAAGGAACGCAUAUAGGGCUUCAAAAUAAACAAAAGAGCGCCUUUAUUUUAAGUAGAUAUACAUUUGCAUGUAAUCAAUGUUUCAGUACAACUUUGGCCUAUUAAGGACAUUUUAUUAAUGGUACUGAAAUGCUGAAUGUCUGCAGUUGCACAACUAAAAAAAAUUAAGUGAACUGGUUAAUUUUGAAGUUCUAUGGAGGAAGGAAGGCAAGACAGGUUGUGGUGGUAGGGGACUCUAUCAUUAGGAUAGCAGAUAGGGCAAUCUGCCGCUCUGAUCGGCUCAACCGGACAGUUUGCUGUCUCCCGGGUGCUCGGGUCCGGCAUGUUGCUGACAGAGUGGAUGGAUUAUUGGGAGGGGCUGGGGAUGACCCAGCGGUCAUGGUCCAUGUUGGUACCAAUGACAAAGUAAGAGGAAGAUGGAAGGUCCUAAAGAAUGAUUUCAGGGAAUUAGGUAGCAAACUUAAGAAAAGGACCUCCAAGGUGGUAUUCUCUGAGAUAUUACCUGUGCCACGCGCUACAGUGGAAAGGCAGCGGGAGAUUAGAGAGGUCAAUGCGUGGCUUAAGUCUUGGUGCAGGAAGGAGGGUUUUGGGUUUUUAGAGCACUGGGCCGACUUUGCGAUUGGGUACAACCUUUAUAGUGGUGAUGGAUUGCACCUAAACGGGAGAGGGUCUGCAGUGCUGGGGGAUAGGAUGGCUAGAAGGUUGGAGGAGAUUUUAAACUAGUAGUAGGGGGGAGGGUCAUAGCAAUCUACAAAAUGGAGAUAGGACAGAAAGGAGAUGGGCUUUAGCACAGUAUAAGGGGGGUGGAAACGGGGGGAGGGGCAAGCUCAGAACAGAGAAGCUGUGUAAUGUUGAAAAUUCACAAAAUAUACAAGUGGCGCAUAAUAUUAAAUGUAUGCUUACUAAUGCAAGGAGCCUAAAUAACAAAAUGGGGGAACUAGAGGCAUUAGCAUACACUAAACAAUAUGAUAUAAUAGGCAUAACUGAAACAUGGUGGGAUGAGACACAUGACUGGGCAGCUAACUUAAAUGGGUACAUGUUAUUUAGGAAGGAUAGGAAAAACAAGAAGGGUGGUGGGGUAUGUUUGUAUGUCAAACAUGAUUUAAAGCCAAAUGUUAAGCAAAUGGAAUGCGAGGAGGAUAAUGUGGAAGCUUUAUGGGUAAAUAUCUGCUUGGGGGAAAAGAAGGGAAACCAACUAUUGGUUGGGAUAUGUUAUAAACCACCUAAUGUUAAUAUUGACGAGGAACAACAGCUGUUUGAGCAAAUUGAGAAAGCUGCAAAUCUGGGUAACACUUUAAUUAUUGGAGAUUUUAAUUACCCGGAUAUAAAUUGGGACAGAGGGACUAGUGCCUCAGCAAAGGGAAUUAGGUUUUUAAACUUGUUAAAUGACACCUUCAUGUCACAACUUGUACAAGCACCAACUAGAAUGGAUGCUUGUCUGGACCUAGUUUUAACAAACAACGUUGAUCUUUUGACCAACAUUCAAGUAGGUGAGCACUUGGGAAAUAGUGAUCACAAUAUAGUGUCCUUUGAAAUAAACUCAAAAAAACAAAAGCACAUGGGGAAUACUAAAACAUAUAAUUUUAAAAAGGCCAAUUUCAAUAAGUUAAGGGAAGCUUUACAAUAUAUUGACUGGCAUAAACUCUUUAGUGAAAAGAACACUGAGGAUAAAUGGAUCAUCUUCCAACAAAUAUUACAAAGGUACAUUUCUCAGUAUGUACCAUUGGGAAAUAAAUAUAAAAGAAACAAAUUAAAACCAACAUGGCUUAGUAGAGAAGUAAAACAAGAGAUUACAACUAAGAGAAGGGCAUUUAAAGCAUUUAAAUCGGACAAAUCAGAUGCAUCUUAUAAAAGAUAUAAGGAUGCAAAUAAUGCGUGCAAAAAGGCAAUUAGACUUGCUAAACUUCAAAAUGAUAGCUGAAGAGAGCAAAACCAACCCCAAAGCAUUUUUAAAGUACAUAAAUUCUAAAAAAAAAAAAAAAUGAAAGUGUAGGUACACUAAAAACUGAAACGGGGGUGUUAAUUAAUGAAGACCAGGAAAAGGCAGGAAUUUUAAAUAACUUUUUCUCCUCUGUAUCUAUUAAGGAAGAACCCAUGGCAAUAGAUGUGCAAAUGAUUGCUACUAAAAACUUGCAGAAUAAUUGUAAUUGGUUAACUCAAGACAAGGUGCUGCAGCAACUAAAGAAAGUUAAUAUAAACAAAGCUCCAGGGCCUGGCGGUAUCCAUCCACGUGUACUUAAGGAACUAAGUGCAGAAAUAAGUGAACCUCUGUUUUUAAUCUUUCAAGAUUCUUUUCUUUCAGGAAGUGUUCCGGAGGAUUGGAGGAAGGCAGAUGUGGUUCCUAUAUUCAAAAAGGGUUCAAAACCCUUGCCUAGAAAUUAUAGACCUGUGAGCUUAACUUCUGUGGCUGGUAAAAUAUUUGAAAGGUUAUAAAGGGAUAAUAUUCAAGAAUUCCUUGAGAAGAACAUGGUUAUCAGCAAAAAUCAGCAUGGUUUUAUGAAGCACAGGUCAUGUCAAACUAACUUGAUUACGUUCUACGAAGAAGUAAGUAGAAGUAUAGAUCAGGGUGUUGCCGUGGAUGUGAUCUUUUUGGAUUUUGCCAAGGCAUUUGAUACAGUUCCACACAAUAGAUUAGUGUUCAAACUCAAGGAAAUCGGUCUAGAUGAAAAUGCUUGUUCUUGGGUAGAACAUUGGCUUAAAACAGAGUACAAAGAGUUGUCAUUAAUGGUAAAUUUUCAAGCUGGACAGAGGUGGCAAGUGGUGUCCCUCAGGGGUCUGUUCUGGGACCCCUUCUAUUUAGCAUGUUUAUAAAUGAUCUUGAAGACAGCAUUGAAAGUCAUGUUUCAGUGUUUGCAGAUGACACAAAACUCUGUAAAAUAAUACAAUGUAAGCAAGAUAUUACUUUGCUGCAGAGGGAUUUAGAUAGACUGGGGGACUGGGCACUCAAAUGGUAGAUCAAAUUUAAUGUUGAAAAAUGCAAAGUUAUGCACUUCGGCGUAAAGAAUACACAAGCAACGUAUACCCUUAAUGGAAGCGAAUUAGGGAUAAUAACACAUGAAAAGGACUUGGGAAUUGUUAUAGACAACAAACUAUGCAACAAUGUGCAAUGUCAAUCAGCAGUGGCCAAGGCCAGUAAGGUAUUGUCAUGCAUGAAAAAGGCAUUCAUUCUCGGGACAAGAAUAUAAUUUUGCCUAUUUAUAAAUCACUGGUAAGACCACAUAUUGAAUAUGCUGUGCAAUUUUGGGCACCUGUUCUAAAGAAGGAUAUUAUGGCACUAGAAAAAGUGCAGAAGCGGGCUACAAAAUUAAUAAAAGGAAUGGAACAUAUCAGCUAUGAAGAAAGGUUAACAAAUUUAAACCUAUUUAGUUUAGAAAAACGUCGCCUGAGACGGGAUAUGAUAACAUUAUACAAAUAUAUUCGGGGCCAAUACAAACCAUUGUGUGGAAAUCUAUUCACAAACCGGACUUUACAUAGGACACGAGGCCAUGCAUUUAGACUGGAAGAAAGAAGAUUUCAUCUAAGGCAAAGGAAAGGUUUUACUGUAAGAACAAUCAGGAUGUGGAAUUCUCUGCCUGAAGAAGUGGUUUUAUCAGAGUCCAUACAGAUGUUCAAACGGCUACUAGAUGCAUACUUGCAAGAACAGAAUAUUCAAGGAUAUAAUCUUUCAAUGUAGGGUAAUAACUGCUUGAUCCAAGGAUAAAUCUGACUGCCAUUCUAGGGUCAAGAAGGAAUUUUUUUCCUAGCUUGUUGCAAAAUUGUGCUUCAAACUGGGUUUUUUGCCUUCUUUUGGAUCAACAGCAAAAAACAAAUGUGAGGAAGGCUGAACUUGAUGGACGCAAGUCUCUUUUCAGCUAUGUAACUAUGUAACUAUGGGUGCGCUCUUCACUUUGAAUGUGUUAUUGUGCAUGAGUAUGCAACUAGGAACAAGACAGGGCCAAUACGUGCUCAAUAUAUAUAUAUAUAUAUAUAUAUAUAUAUAUAUAUAUAUAUAUAUAUAGCACGUAUUGGCCCUACAUAUAUAUAUUAAUGACAUUUAUGUGUGUAUUAUGCAUAUAUAAAUGUAUAUUACUAUAUGUGUAAAUACUAUAGGCAUAAUUAUAUGUUACUAAUACACACAUCAAUAUACAUGCAUAUAUAUAUGUGUGCAUUACUGUCAGGAUCACAUCAAUUUAUGUCUAUUACCUUUACCUCGUUUAGUGUAUCUUGUCUCCAAUUGUCUCCUUUUUUUCCCUUACAGCGACCCUUGUGCAUCUUUUACUUCAUUCCAGUCCCUGUGUUUCUUUUUACCCUUCUCCAGCCUCUGUAUUUCUCUGUCCCCCAGCCCCUUUUGUGUUGUUCUUAGCCCCAGCCACUUUGUCUCUUUCUCCCCUUCCAAAUCUCAUCUGUGGGUCUCUUUCUAACUCCAGACUCUGUGUGCCUCUUUCUCUUCUCCCAGUCACUCUCUGUCUCUUUUUCCCCACUCUCUUUGUCCCCCCAUCCCCUGUCUCUCUAUUACCCCAUCUGUCUGUGUCUCCCCUUGCCCUAUGUCUCUCUAUUACCCCUCUGUCUCUUUGUCGUCGUCCCCAACCUGGUGUCUUUCUAUUACCCCUCAGUCUCUGUGUCCCCUCUUCCCCUGUGUAUCUAUUACCCCUCUAUUUGUCCCCCCCAUUACCCUCUAUUCGCCUCCCUCCAUCCGUUCUAUUUGUCCCCCCCAUUACCCUCUAUUUGUCUCCCUCCUUCCCCUCUAUUUGUCCCCCCCCCCCAUUCCCAUUCCCCUCUAUUUGUCCCCCCCUUCCCCUCCAUUUGUCUCCCCUCUUCCCCUCUUUUUAACUCCCCCCCUUCUGUGUCCCUUUUGUCCUUGUCACAGGAGGACUGAGGGAGGGGGUGGAGCUAACUACCAUGCUCCCUCGCAGUUCCCAUAAUUCCCAGCAUCUACACAUCAUAGAGUAAUCCUUACUCUAUGAUGUGGCUGUGCUGGGAAUUAUGGGAACCGCGAGGGAGCAUGGUAGUUAGCUCCGCCCUCCCCCCCCCCAGCUGUCAGCACGGGAGAUGGGGCCACCGGCCACAAGGUAAGUAUUUUAAACCCUCAGAGUGUGCCGCCGGACCGGCCACCCGGCGGCACCGACAUGCGGCCAGCAGCCGUGAUAUUAUUAAAAUAUUAGGGAGCAGGGCUCCCUCUCUAUCUCCAGCCCCCCAGGUGCCGCGGCCCACCGGGAAAUUUCCCGAUAUCCCGGUGGGCCAGUCCGGCCCUGAAUGAGGAUGUUGAAAUGUUCAGUUAGGUUUGGGAGAAAAGCUUUGUAGUAUAGGGCAGUUAAGCCGUCGGGGCCUGGACUUUUACACAGAGGUGUUUUGCGGACUGCCAGAUGUAAUUGAAGGUGCGUCAAAUGAGUGUGUAAUGUUUUGCGGGGUGGUUUGUUUGAUUAUAGUGGCUAAGAAGUUUGUGAUGGCUGAGUAGUUUGGCGGGGCAUCUCUGAGAUUAUAUAAUUUAGUGUAGAAAGAGUGGAAUUCCUCCAUUAUCUCUGGGAGAGUUUGCCUUUUUGUUUUUUGAGAUUUAUGAGGAUUGUUUGGGUUGUUUUAAGGCGGUGGCCAGGAGCCUACCAUAUUUACCUCCUUGGGUGAAGUAGGUAUGUUGUGCGGAGUAAUUUCUUUUUGGUUUGGACCGCAAAACCAGUUCAGUUCUGUUUGUUCAUUUACACAUUUACAAGGGUGUUAUAUGUAGGGAGGGAGUUGUCCUUGCUAUGAUUGUCCUCUAAAUCCCUGAUCUCCCAUGUGAGUGUAACCACCUGUUUUUCUCAUUGGGUUUUAAGCGCUGAGGUCAGAGCAAUGAAUUCUCCUCUCACAACGCAUUUGUGGGUUUCCCAAAUGGACGUGUGGGACAUGGCAGGGGAGGCGUUUUCCGAGAAGUAGUGUUGUAGAAUAAUGUGAAUUUGUGGUAGGACUUCAGGAUUGUUUAGUGAGAGGUCGUUUAGUUUCCAUUGAAAGGAUUUCACUGGGAGGGAUAGAAUAUGAAUGGACAUGGAUAGGUGCGCAUGAUCUGACCAUGUGAUCGGACCGUAGGAGCACAACGUUGUCAGGUGUAGAAGGUCUUGGGGCAGGAAAAACAUAUCUAGUCUAGAGUAUGUUUGUGAUGUUUGGGAGUAGAAAGAAAAGUCUUUAGAAUGGGUAUGAAGGUUCCUCCAGCAGUCUUAUUAGUCUACAUAGUUACAUAGCUGAAAAGAGACUUGUGUCCAUCAAGUUCAGCCUUCCUCAUAUUUGUUUUUUGCUGUUGAUUCAAAAGAAGGCAAAUAAAAAACAGUUUGAAGCACUUCCAAUUUUGCAACAAAGUAGGAUACAAAAUUCCUUCUUGACCCCAGAAUGGCAGUCAGAUUUAUCCUUGGAUCAAGAAGCUAUUACCCUACAUUGAAAAAUUAUAUCCUUGAAUAUUUUUUUUUGCAAGUAUGCAUCUAGUUGUUGUUUGAACAUCUGUAUGGACUCUGAUAAAACCACUUCUUCAGGCAGAGAAUUCCACAGCCUUAUUGUUCUUACAGUAAAAAAACCUUUUCUAUGCUUUAGACGAAAUCUUCUUUCUUCCAGUCUAAACGCAUGACCUCGUGUAUUAUGUAAAGUCCAGUUUGUGAAUAGAUUUCCACACAAUGGUUUGUAUUGGCCCUGAUACAUUGCAUAAUGUUAUCAUAUCCCCUCUCAGGUGACAUUUUUCUAAACUAAAGAAGUUUAAGUUUGUUAACCUUUCUUCAUAGCUGAUAUGUUCUUGUAGCCCGCCUCUGCACUUUUUCUAGUGCCAUAAUAUAGUCUAGAUUGGUCUCGGAGUCUGACAAAAUGGCUACGGGCCAUUGUUUGGUAGGUUGUGGAGGUUGAGGUCAUGUUUAGAGCUGUGUCUAACGAAAGAGAGUGUGUGAGGAGAACAAUAUGGCGACUCCCCAGGCCUUGGCUCCCACAUAAUUGCUAAAGAAACCCAUGGGGUAUUUUCGUUUUUCUAGGGUGGGGUCUGCAUCUUUUUUGAAAUGUUUCUUGUAGGAAGGCCUCAUCGUCCUUGAGCUUGUGGAGGUCAGAUAAAACCAGGGUCAUUUUCUCUGGGGUAUUCAGUCCUCGGGUUAAGAGUGACCAGUCUCUGGGUCGCCAUUUUUAUGCUCAGUACCUCUUUUCUCCAGGUUGCGCAAAACUCAAUGGUGUCUGUCCAUGUGUAGAUAGGUUCUGCAAGGGAUAGGUCCCUAUGACCUACGGUAGGGAAAAUGGUUUUAAGUACUCAGGGUUGGUAAGUGUUUUGGGGGGAUCCACAGGGGCGAGGGGCCCACAGCCAGGCGUAACUCGAUCUCAGCAGCGAAUCUAGAGGUACGACACCUGUGGUAACUGAUGCAUACUGGGGGGAGGGCACUCUACAUAGGAUGGGUGGAGUUGGUAGAGACUCUUAUGUUCUAAACCUUAUGAUUCUCGACAGGUAAGUAUCAAACUCUCACCCAUUCACAUCCCUUGUAGCAUUACAUAAACAUUUUCAUUUGGGUAGGAUGUGGGACCCAGAGUAUUUAAGCUCAGGAGAGAUAUAGAGAUGGCGGGCAUUAUAUACCUUUGGGCAUGUUAUAUAACCAGAUGUAACCUUUUCUCCCUUUAGUCUACACCUGAGGUAAGGGGACUUAGGGUGAAAUGCUAAAGGAUUGGCGCCGGUGCAAUAGAGGUAUAAGGUGCAAAGUGAAAGGUGUGAGGAGAAGGGGAGUAAAGGCUUUGAUAUCACCAGUCCGCCCUUCAUGGUGGUAGUCCGUUGCAAGAAAGUGCCUCUCCCGCAUGCACUUCGCGUUCGUCUGUUCAACUGCGGUAGUCCAGUAUUAACACUUUGGCACAGUCCCCAAGGCUCUAUCUUUAUACAAUUUUGGUGAGUGGGCAAAUGAGGGCGAUGGAAGUUGUUGUGGCAUAAUAUGCAGAGCGUCCAUUUAGUUUUGUGAGCGAUUAUGUGGCAUUGGCCUGCGUUUUCUGUGAGUCUGCUGCCAGCGGGAUCUUUGCGGUAGUUGUGGUGCAGUCAGGAUUUGGGGUGGGCCAUACCAAUCCAGUAUAUCUGUUUCGGUUAGGUCCAGUGCUCGUGCGAACAGUAAGACAUUCGCCUGGGAGUGGAUAGCGUGGAUAGCGUGGCUUGUGCCUUUGUAGGAGACGCUCAGGGCCAGCGGAAACCUCCACCUGUAUCUCAGGUUCCUAGCACGUAGCUGAUCCGUAAUAGGCCUCAAAGCCCUUCUCGCCUGCAAUGUCAUCCAUGACAAGUCCGGGUAGAUAUUAAUGGGAGCUCCCUUGAAUAGCAAGGGCUCCGUGGAUAAUUUAAGUGCUUCUAGGAUGCUUUCUCUGCAAGUUGAGUAGUGGAGGCGGCAUAUAACGUCAUGGGGUCGGUCAUUUUGUGUGUCAAAUACUACAGGAAAGUCAGUGGCCACGCUGCACAGAGUGCCUGGCAGGAGGGAGCGCUCUUUAUUGUCUGAUACCGAUAUUUACAAAAAAAUCUGGAUAUCGGCAAAACCGAUAGUCGGUCGACCCCUAAUAUUUUAUAAACAAAUACUUUGAUCAAAAUAAAAUCUUGUGCAUUUGUAACACACACAGGCUAAUUUAGUAGUAGUAAUUCACAGUGGUAACAAAUUGAAGUCAAAAUCUGGAUAAAAUAGCUGUGUUGUAAUUAUAGGUGAACUUUUCAACUAUCCUUGCUUAAAUUCUGCCAUUUGUAUUUUAAUUUGUUCAAAGUUUAGUGAAUUUCCCUGUUGGAGUAUGGUGUCCAGCUCUGGCUUAUGUGUAGGUGUUUGGUAAAGAGGCCUAUUAUAUACUUUUUUCUGUGUCAUAAAUUCUCAAUGUUUAUUCCUUUUGUUCAUUGACAGUUAAGUAAUAUGUAAUAUGCCCUAUGAUUUCCAAACCUCUUUAGUAUUCUGCUUCAGGAAAUAUCCCCAUUUAUUCUUCAAUCAUGUGAAUGAAGCAGCGUGACGGAAUAAAUAAAAGCUUUGAUCAGAGAUGAAGAUGAACUUGUUUUUGAGAGCUGUUUACGCCACUCCUAAGAAUCAGUUUAACUUUUAUUUCUACACAUUUGUUGGGCUGCUAAAUUAGACAAGAUAUUUGUGUCUUUUUACAAGCCCAAUGUUAGCACCACUCAGAUUUUUCUUUAAAUGCACAAUUUCUAAAAGCGUUAUUCACCAGGAGUACAUUUAUUUUCCAAGCUGAUGGGUUAAAUAAGUGUUGAUCUUUUCUUGACCCACCUGCUCCAUACCUUUCUUUAUUUCGCACACUGUGCAAUGUCCCCGACCAUUUUGUCAAGUCAGUAAUACUUUUUGUCGAUGCCUGUUGGAUUGAAUUCCUACUGAGUUGACUGCCAAGAAUCUUUGUCUGAUUCCAAACUUUCUUUCAUGACCAUUAUCCCAGCACAAAACUCAACCCAACACUUUCCUUAACUCUGCCAUGCAAGUCUUUUGGCUGGAGACAAGAAAUGUUACAAGAAGCUAGCACUUCAGCAGACCUCAAACCGAGCGGAGGUCAGCAUUUUCACUGGUAUUUGCUCCUCUUACCCCAUGUGCCCAUCUUGCUCCAAAUUUGAAGUAGCUUUGAGGUAUACCAAAUAUUUGAGAACCUGACAGAUUGCAGAAGUUUUCUUGUAAUUUAUUUCCUCUUCCUGUUGAAUGAUGAGCUAUGAUAAGUCAAAAGGCUGGCCAAUAACCUCCCAAGUGCGUUGGAAUGCCGGUCACACAGUCUGUGUAAGUGGACCUUACCAAGAGACUCUUUAGUGGAAGUGAAUUAACAUGAACGAUGGACUGUGUUAGAAGCCUCUGGGUGGGCGUAAAUGCUUGCCAAUCUAAGUUUUUCUUGCUAUGUGAAUGGACUCUCACUUAUUAUUGAUUUUUGUAUAAGCAAGCCAUAUUUAUAGCACCAUAUCACUAGCCGUCAGGUGGCACACAGCAGCCAACCAGCAUCAACUGCCACAUGGUAUUGUAAUAGACGGCUCCCGUCAACAACUGUCAGUAAGGAAGUGAGCACUUAGUCUAUUCAUAGUGCCUCAUGGCACUUACCACUACUAUAACUUACUUUCAUUUAGCGAACAAGAACCUAUUCCAUUACAUUUCUUUAUUUCUAAAAGCAAAAUAUAUUCGUCCUGUACAGAGUUUGAAGAUAACUGAAGGCUGCGCAUGUUUUUCUACAUAGGAGACUUCGCGUAUCCCAGCUAUGAAAAGUUAGGUUUUCUUUUUUUUCCUUUAGCGCAGUUUGUCAAUUUGUGCCUCAAAAUAGAAUUUUUUUUCUACAGAAAGUUAUAUAUUUCUUCCCAGCCAAUAUUUGAUGUCUCCGUGGCAUGUGUUAUUUCAGAACGCCUUACUUUGUUUAAUAUAUUAUCCAAGUUUAAAUAUUAAUAAAAGUAUUUUAUGCCUGACACAUGAAUAGAUUUCUCUGUGCUUUUUUCAUUUCCUCGCUGAAUGAAAAACGCCUUUGCAUCCGAUUUCUUGCUGACCAAUAUUUCUGUAACUUAAUUUCCACAUUUCAUCUUGUUAUUAAGUGUUUUAUUUAUAUGGAACAUAAAAUAUCAAUAAUGAAUAGCAAAUGGUGCUGAGACACCAAGAUACAGAUUUUCAUUGCAAAUAAGUACAAAUAUUUAACUUUUGUUGUUUUUUUUUUUUUACUAACGUUUUAUCUAAAUACAUUGGUUUUUAACAUUGUUUGAUGUUGUCCGUCUUUGAAAGUAAGCUCCACAACUAAGUCUUAAAUACAAUGAUAGAAUAAACAUGAGUGUUUUCCAAAAGAACUGUCUUUGGUUGCUUCAAACUGCUAUUGGCUUAUUCCUUGGAUUGACCGUAAAAGUCAUAAUUUUGAAGGCAGUUUACUCCUUAAUCCUAAUUAUCCCUACUUCUACAUACCUCAUAUAGUCCUUCUUUAUGAUUAUUCAUCUGCUGUAGUGACAAUGACAUUUAAAACUCACCAUUUUGACGCAGGGUUUUAAAUGUAUACAUUCUUCUAUCUAAAUGUAAUAUAUACAGAAAUGAAUCCUGCAAAAUCCUAUUAGACUCUUACCACUGCCGCUGGCAUCUUCUUUGAACUGGUAAUAAAACCGCUACAAUACGAUGAUUUAUAAGUUCCAGCCAGUGGCAUUAUGUCACUUGUGUGAUGCUCAAGCAUCUUGGUUGCAAUUGCCCUGUUGCCCAAGGAUCCACAAUGCACCAGUCACACAUCUAGAAAGUAUUGCUUGACCUUGACGUUUUUUGCACAACUGGUGCAUUGUGAGAAAACUGAAAUUUGGUUGUUUUGAUUGUCUGCUGUAAUGCUACUGAAUUUCUUGCUCGGAGUGUGCUGGGUCAGUUGCCAUCUGGUAUCCUGCUGAAUUCCUUGCUUUUAUUUUGCAGGGUCUGCCUGCAACUGUAUUCCCACUAAAUGUCUUCCUCUGAGUCAGGUAUCAAAAGAGAAAAGAGAAUUGCACUCAAUCAUGAAAAUCACAGGGUGCUAACUGAGCAUGGGUCACCAUAUCCCAUAAGAACAAGUAUAAAAGAAACAAUCUCAGGCACUCACUAUGAUAGAUUUAAGCAGGUUUCUUUCAAACCACAAUGUUUCGACCUGUACCCAGGUCUUUAUCAAGCUCCAUAACCAGGUCUUUCUCUAAAUCAGGGUCUAUCAUCACCAGUAAACCUUUUGAAUUCCUUGUUCUGAGUUUGCAGUGUCAAUCUUCACCUGUAAACCUUCUGAGUGCCUUGCUCAGAGUUGUCAGGAUCUAUCUUCACUUGUAAACCUUCUGAGUUCCUUGCUCUGAGUUGACAGGGUCUAUCUCCAUCUGUAAACAUUCUAAGUUCCUUGCUCUGAGUUUUCAGGGUCUAUCUCCAUCUGUAAACAUUCUGAGUACCUUACUCUGAGUUGGCAGGGUCUAUCUCCAUCUGUAAACCUUCUGAAUUCCUUGCUCUGAGUUGGCAGGGUCUAUCAUGACCAGUAAGCCUUCUGAGUACCUUACUCUGAGUUGGCAGGGUCUAUCUCCAUCUGUAAACAUUCUGAGUUCCUUGCUCUGAGUUGGCAGGGUCUAUCAUGACCAGUAAGCCUUCUGAGUUCCUUGCUCUGAGUUGGUAGGGUUUCUGUUCACCUGUAAACCUUCUGAGUACCUUACACUGAGUUUUCAGGGUCUAUGUUCACCAGUAAACCUUUUGAAUUCCUUGUUCUGAGUUUGCAGUGUCUAUCUCCACCUGUAAACCUUCUGAGUGCCUUGCUCAGAGUUGUCAGGAUCUAUCUUCACUUGUAAACCUUCUGAGUUCCUUGCUCUGAGUUGACAGGGUCUAUCUCCAUCUGUAAACAUUCUAAGUUCCUUGCUCUGAGUUUUCAGGGUCUAUCUCCAUCUGUAAACAUUCUGAGUACCUUACUCUGAGUUGGCAGGGUCUAUCUCCAUCUGUAAACCUUCUGAAUUCCUUGCUCUGAGUUGGCAGGGUCUAUCAUGACCAGUAAGCCUUCUGAGUACCUUACUCUGAGUUGGCAGGGUCUAUCUCCAUCUGUAAACAUUGUGAGUUCCUUGCUCUGAGUUGGCAGGGUCUAUCAUGACCAGUAAGCCUUCUGAGUUCCUUGCUCUGAGUUGGCAGGGUUUCUGUUCACCUGUAAACCUUCUGAGUACCUUACACUGAGUUUUCAGGGUCUAUGUUCACCUGUAAACCUUCUGAAUUCCCCGCUUUGAGUUUGCAGGGUCUUUAUAGCUGAUGAACUCCUUGAUUGGAGAAACAGUGACUCCCCAAACACUGAUUUUAGGUUUUCUAGUUCUCCCAAUCUGCACCGGUUAAUGUAUGCUUCAGUACUUUUCUGAAAAUAAAAACAAGGCCCAUCGAGGGGAAUAAAAUAUGUUUUUCUUUUUCUUUCUCAUUCAAAAGACCGCUAUAUAUAUGUGUGAUUUGUGGAUGACAUCAGUAGCAGAUAAUACAUUUGAGGACCAUUCCUUUGCCACUUGUAUGUUCUUAUGAAAUCCACUGAGCCUGGUCAUGAUGAGACUUGACUAGUUGACACUCAAUGUUAAAGUUAUAAACUUCUGCUCAUCUACUAGCUAAUUAACACAAAUCUCAAAACUCUUUCAACCUUCAGUUUAUACAACAUAAAAUUAUAUUUUCUUCUUUUUAUCCAUAAUUUUUAGGAGUGCUGCAGGAGUUCUUUUAUAUCUCACCACCCACCAAAACUAUCUCUGUGAACAUGUAAUUAGGUCUGUAGAGAUUUGUGAAAAUCAAGCAGACGGGCAUGACAGGAGACUAUCAGAUUCCCGAUCUCCCCAUGAAUACUUCUCUAAAGAUUUUUUUUUUUUAUUGCGUUAUCCAUCUUUACCUUUCAUAAAAUCAUAUUUCAGUCUCGAGAGUGGUAGUUGAAGGAGUAGAUUUUGGAUUUGAAGACACCGGGACAUUUUUGAAGACUCUCUUACAUUCAAGAACAAAGUUUUCUUUCAUCUUCCCUAUCCACUCAGAGCUUUUCAGAAAAAGAAAAAAUAUAUUUAAAUAAUAUAAAACUAAUAUUUUUCAAAUACAAAAUAAGCAGUUUCUCUUUUUUUUCCUCUCUCAAAAACAAAGAAAUUAAGAGUGGUUUUUGCACCUGGCAGAUAUUCUUUGUUUUACAAAAAAACAGAUGAUGCGAUCAGAAGAUGUGGGGGGGUCAAAAAAAAAAUCUCAGCAGCAAACGAUGCCAGUGAGAAAAGAUAAUCGUUUAGGGAGAGUGCAAGUCAAUAAAAAAAUGUAGUUAAAUUUAAUUACAAAAGUGCCGAAGUGGCAGACACCUUACAUCAGCAGAUACUUUUUGUCAUACAUUUAGAUCAUGCUAAAAAAUAAUGAGUUCUCAGCAUGUUACCUAUUCCACUCGGAGAGAGGAAACCUGCAAGUCAAUAUACCGUACAUUCAGUUUCACUGAUCUAUUAUCUAUAAUAGUAAGCGUGUUUACCUUCUUCUAGCCAAAGUGUUAAACAAACAUCCUUUAUGUCACCCCCACACCCUAAAAAGGGUACAGUGAAUUGGGGUGAAUUCACAAUCUAGUUGCGAAAUUUAGCUAAAAUAGGCAAGAAGAAAAAAAAUCUUCAACGUCAACAUCUAAUCUUUUAAAGUUCCUGAAAAACUCAUAAAUUAUCAAAUUUGGAGGGGGAGGGGGAGGGGGAAGAGGAAGCUUAGUUGAUGAUUAUCUUUGAAAUCUCUCAUGUUCUGUUCUUACAGUACACAUGUCAGUGGUUACCUAUGCAGUGUAAGAAAAAUUUGUAAACGUUAUCAUUUUAAACUCAUUGUGAAGAAUAAAAAUGAUUAAUUGGAGACCCUUGUAAUGUCCAUGGGCUAUCCCUUUAAAAACUCAGACAUGGUUCUUUAUUACUGAAUCAUUAUUUUAUUGAGUGGUGAUCGAUAAUUACAAGCAGGUUAACAAUACAUGAGUCGAGCGCAGUAGACUUGUAUUUAUUUAUUUUUUUAUUUUAUCAAUUUAACGCAAAAAAAAUGGUCAGACAAACAAAUAGUGGAACUUUGUCAGUGUUAAAGGUUGCAAUCCAAAGCUGCCAUGAUCUGAGCGUUCUGACUGGAGCUACAAUAUAUUGUGGUAUAAAGAUAAUUUAAUGCAGCACAGCUAUCUGUAAGGACAUUUUCAUGAAACACUUCAGGUUAAUAUGUGUUUGAAUAAUACACCUUAAAACUGGCCAUUUUACUUCCAUGCUCUGCGCACACCCCAUGUAAGGAACCACGUGUGCCCAGUCACUCCAGAAAAGUCUCCCAGUUCAUUGGAUCUUAAAUGUUCAUGUUUUGUUUAAAAACUGCCUCUACUGUGUGCAAAAAAAAAGUUGGUUUCAUUUCACACUGUAAAUACUCCGUUUUGCUUCCACAACAAUUCUUCUCUGCUUUUUACCCAGCUGAGAAAUGCUCAUCUGAACUGCACAGGCUAUAAUAUCCCACCACCACAUUGGACAGGAGCCUGCAGGGCUCACUGCUACAGUGCAGUCAAGGAGCAAACAAGGCUUCGGCAGAGAUUCAUCGUUGCUUUUCUAAGUCAGAUUGCUAAACACAGUUCAUUGGAUGAUAUAGCUUUAUUGCUUAUAAUAUAUUGAAUUCUAAGAUUUCCAUUAUUCAACAAAUGAGCCACAAAACAAAACCAUCUAAAAGGACCGACCUCCUUUCCAAUAACAUUUAAAAUCAAGUGAUAUAUACAAAGACAUAAAGAGGGUACUAAUCGGACACUCACAGUAUAGACAGACACAGUUUAUUCAGUAAACCAGAAAUUGGGGAGAAUUGCAUGUUUUAGCCCAGAGUAGUGGCAGAAUGUUUCCAGUUUGGUUAUUCUAGCUUAAAAUGUGCAGUUCAUUAGUAAAUUCUUCACAAUUUCCAGUUUACCGAAUAACCCUGAAAGUGUUAUAAAAGAUUCCCUGAAUUGAAAAACACACUUCAAAAAUUGCCCACGGCAAAGAGGAGAUUUAUUACUUUAUUUAAGUGUUCUGAAAAGUGUCUUUUAUUUUUGGUAUCUUUCACUUCGUAUUUAUUCAAUUGUUCUAAAAACUGUGUGAACAGUGUCUGCUUUUCUCUGCCUAAAUGUAGCUAUUUUUUUUUUUAUUAUUAUAAUUUUUUUUUUUUUUUAGAAAAAUCAAUUUCAGAAAGGCUGCCAAAUUUAGAGUGGCGGAAAAAAUAUAAGUGAAUAAUGAAUGAAAGAUUGAUAAACCCAUUGAGCUGCAAUCGGCAAUAACAGGGCGAAAAAGACGUAAAUGACAAAAAAGACUGACAAAUUUACUAAAUUGCUCUACAAAAGCACCCAAAAUACUGGAACUCAGAAAAAUCCUCUCUCUCUGCACUAGUAACAGUUGGUUAUCGUAGACUAAAAUUUGCAGUUUACCGAAUGAACCCUAAUAUAUUAUUACAAAUAUAGCAGCCACAGUCACUGAGUAAACACACACUGCGUGCAUUGCGAGUUCUCUGCCUCCAGACAUUAUUAUUAUUUUCCAAUCUAUCAUGGUGAUUAGCACCCGUCGCACUGCACACAUGCCUUCUGGCAUAUUGGCAUGGAUGCCUUAAAAUAGUAUGUUUGUCUUUUGUGGCUCUUGCCGAUAGCACACGCCUUACCAGACCAGUUAAAUCUGAGAUUAUUCAAUGUGCUGAUUACUAGAUGUCAAAGCUCUUUAACCGCACUACUUGUACAAAGCUAUAAAUAAACCGGAGCAUUGACAGAUAGCAGAGUAAUCUUUUUUAGAACGGGUCGCCAGAUGUUCUGUAACUCUCAGCCGACCAAGUGCAGAACCACUGGCGGAGCUUAUCGCUGAUGGUUUAUUAUCCAUUGCCUUAUUUAUCUCGUCAUAUUAUUUAGUUAUGUUUGCAAAGUCUUUCUUUCUUUCCCCUUGUGUACUGAUUGUAAUUAAAAUUAUAUAUUAAUAUUUACAACCGACAUUACUGUUAAGCCCAAUUUAAUCAAUUGCAUUUAAGUUCAUUAUAUGAUUUUAUUUAAGCCGGUGCUAAGAAAGUAUUUGUCAAACUAUAUAGAAUCAUUUAAAAGGUAAAUUCAGAAAGAAAAAAUUCUAAUGCGAGCAAGCUGGGAGAAUGCAGAUCACGCUGUAAUGCAAGCAUGCUGGGAGAAUGCAGAUCACGCUGUAAUGCGAGCAUGCUGGGAGAAUGCAGAUCACGCUGUAAUGCGAGCAUGCUGGGAGAAUGCAGCCCAUGCUGUAAUGCGAGCAUGCUGGGAGAAUGCAGAUCACACUGUAAUGCGAGCAUGCUGGGAGAAUGCAGACCGCGCUGUAAUGCGAGCAUGCUGGGAGAAUGCAGACCACGCUGUAAUGCGAGCAUUCUGGGAGAAUGCAGAUCAUGCUGGGAGAAUGCAGAUCACGCUGUACUGUGAGCAUGCUGAGAGAAUGCAGAUCACGCUGUAAUGGGAGCAUGCUGGGAGAAUGCAGAUCACGCUGUAUUGUGAGCAUGCUGGGAGAAUGCAGAUCACGCUGUAUUGUGAGCAUGCUGGGAGAAUGCAGAUCACGCUGUAACGCCAGAAUGCUGGGAGAAUGCAGAUCACACUGUAUUGUGAGCAUACUGGGAGAAUGCAUUCUCACUAUACUGCAAGCAUGCUGGGAGAAUGCAGAUCACGCUGUAUUGUGAGCAUGCUGGGAGAAUGCAGAUCACGCUGUAAUGCGAGAAUGCUGGGAGAAUGCAGAUCAUGCUGUAAUGCAAGAAUGCUGGGAGAAUGCAGAUCACGCUGUAAUGCGAGCAUGCUGGGAGAAUGCAGAUCACGCUGUAAUGGGAAAAUGCAUUCUCACUUUACUGCAAGCAUGCUGGGAGAAUGUAGAUCACGCUGUAAUGUGAGUCUGCUGGGAGAAUGCAGACCAGGCUAUAAUGCAAGCAUGCUGGGAGCUAUUCAGACCUCACUUUAGAAUGCAUAGUGACUGCUAGCUACGCUGGCUGUACUCUAAAUGUGAGGAUACCUAUACUGGCUGCUCUCAGGUGUGACAAUGGCUGGGCUGUCUGCACUCUAAAUGUGAGGAUACCUAUACUGGCUGCUCUCAGGUGUGACGAUGGCUGGGCUGUCUGCACUCUAAUGUGAGGAUAGCUAUUCUGACUGCACUUUAAUGCAAGGAUAGCUUUCUCUGCACGCUAGUAGAGCAAGGAUAAUUAUACUGGCUGUACUCUAAUAUGAGAAUAGCUUUUACAGUUGCACUCUAAUGUGAGGAUGGCUUGGCUGUCUACACUCUAAUGUGAGAGUAGCUAGGCUGUCUGCACUCUAACAUAAGGAUAGUUUAGAUGGCUGCACUCCACUCUAAUAUGAAGAUUUUACAAGUCCACACUCUAAUAGAGGCAUAAAAUCUGUGUGUGUUGUUAUUAUAGUGACUGCCAGUCAGUUCCGUUAGCACCAAUCACUGACUAGAUUUCUGUUUUCCUUUCAGUCAUGUGACACAAACCACGUCAUGGUCUAAUCCAGUGACCAGCGCUCUCAGCUUGACCGCUCCGGAGAACAUCCGCGAGGACCUCAACCCAGAGCCUCCGGACUUGAAAAGUUGCUGGAAGCAAUCCUGACUGCAUUCCCAAAGAUCCACUCCACCAAGUGUGAAUUCCUAUUCCUCAGGGAUAAUUCCAUCCGACGAGAUCAGAUUGUAAAGAUUAUCCAAUUUGUAAGAUCCUAGAGUCAUUCCUUCGACACUAAUUCAGGGCAUCCAACCACACUAUACUCCUGAUGCCUACCAACAUUCCUCAGAGAGCAUUGUGAAGGUGAUCAUUUUUUUAAAAUCUUUCUCCUCCCGUUCAGUAAUUAAAGGAAAACCCCCACUGUUUUUCUUUAUGACUGAAAAUAGGAGUAUAAGUAGUAUAUACUUUGCAUAUUUUAUUUUGUAAUAAGUAUGUUUAAGCUAAUAGCUCUUUUCAAUGAGUCUUCUGGCUUCCCUUUGCUCUAUGGUUGCAUCAAUCUUUAAAGGGUUACUCUAACACCAUAACACCAUAAGGACUACAGCAUUCUGUUGUUGUUAUAGUAACAGGAGUCACACGCUCUCUUCACAAGUAUCCCGAAAGUGGAAGUUCCCUUCCUGUUUUAAAAUAUAUUUUUUUCUCCAACUUUGGCUAAAAUUCAUUGGCUCAGCAGAGUUAGCUGGUAAUCUCUGCCAAUGAAAACUGUCCAAAGACAGAUAGAAUUGUUUACGCAAAAGAAGAGCUUCAACAUUAGAGAUACCUAUGAAGCAGGAACCCAGGGAACCAGGUAAGUCUCAAAAUGUACAAAAACAGUAGUUUCACUCUUAACCCGGACAUUUUGGCACCUUAACCACUUCAUAGCGCAGUAGUAGUUAUGCUGCAGAAAGUGCCUCUUUAACAAUAGCUGCCCCAUAGAGCGAGGGUAAGACGAGAUUCAUUGAAAAUAGGUUUUUGCUUUCAUGUGUGCAUUACAAAAAAACAUAUGCACAGGCUAUAAUACGUAUUAAUCUUUUAAAUAAUAACAAAAAAUUAAGGCAAAUUCCCUUUAACUCUUUGUAGCAAAAAUGAAACCUGCCUUUUGCUGUAAAUGAGGUUAGAAGCAAAAAUACCAGAGUCACAAGCAUCAAGUAUUGUGAAACUUGUAUUUAUUUAUAAGACUAAAGUGAUGCAUCAGUGCACAAGAAUGGCAAAGGAUUCUGGGAAUUGACAUUCUAUUGAUUGCCAAAUAGCCAGACUGCCAUUCAUUGCCUGUUACGUGCCCCCUAGCCUUUCUUCCUACUUGUAUAUUUUUAUUUUAGCCAAAAUCAGACAUCAAGGGGGGAAAAGUUACAGAAUGAGGCUUGGCAUUCCUAGAAAUUAUUGGCAUGUCAUAUUUUCUGUUCCCCCCAAUCUCCCAAUCCAGAAGAGUCAAUAUUAAUAGAGCAUAGUUCACACAUUAUUCAAACAUAAUAAUCCAAAAUAUUGACAAAAAAUAUUAACUCUUCCACCUGGAGUCAUAGAAUGUGCAUGCAAGAGGCUGGAUUCUUCGUUGGACAUGAUACAGCUCUCAUGGAGUAUGUGUCUGUAUGUACGUAUAAACAUUUACCUGCCAUCCAGAGAUAGAAGUGUUUGGUUAAUAUGUUUUGUAGUCGAUAAAACGUGUUUACUCACAUGCAUUCCUGGUUUAACCAAGCUCACCUGGAGCUCUUUGUAAAUGUUCCUAUUUAGAACGUGCCCUUGAGGUGUCAGCGCAAGAGGCUUUUCACUCUCCUGUUCUCAAUGUAUCCCUAAACGUCUGGGCUGGCCGAUAAACCGGCAGUGCUCUCCGAGUUUGUGAAAAGAAAGGUAAAAAGAGAUGGUAAUGAAACCAAGUCUAAAUAAAACAUUCAGAGUUAGGAAAGUGCACAGCAGUCUCUCCACCAACCCAUGUCAUGGCCAGCUUGGCUCGAGUGCGUUCUGUUCAUGACUGCUUACAUUUUAGCGGUGCCUUCAUUGAAUCAGAAUUCAUAUGUAUGGAACCAAAGACAAGAAGACUUAGAACUUGAAUGAUGUAGAUCACACUCCAAUCAAGAGAUAGUUAAUUCCAUUAGCAGGCUAGCCUUUAGUAGGACUUUUACAAACCAUCUAUUUAACACCUUCACUGCCAGCUGUUCCAUUUAACCUUUGUAGUGCCAGGGAAAUGUGCUGUUGCGGUUAAUUAAACUCUAGUUGCAAAAUGUGCUCAAGAAGUAAAACCUUAACUUAUUUAGCGCCUAAGGGUUGAGCCGCAAUCUUCCCUGGCACUGAGAGGGUUAUUGGUUGCUUUUUAAAAUCACUUGAAUCCCCAGACAUGCAGCCAUGCAUCAAAUGGCAAAAACACUGCCAGCGAGUGCCGCUUUUUCGCAUUAUCGUUAAAGAUGCUGCAUUUUAUUUGUAUAUUGUUUAUUAAUUUGAUAUAUUUUAUCUGUAGAAAAAAAGACAGUAUUUUUACGCUAUUUAGGUAUAAAAUAAACAUUACUGCUAAAAAUCCAAAUAAACGUAUUUGUACUUUAUUAAAA